AUGGAUGAUACUGAACAGAGAGGUCUGAAAAUGAGCAAGAGAAAACUGAGUAAGUCACUCUUUACUUGAUGGUAAUGGUGUGUCGUAUUUUAGUUAGAGAAAGACUUCAAAUCUGUAAAGUAUCAGGUCAGAACAAAACAUCAUUAAAACACCUGAAACACCCAACUCUGACUAUGAAACAAGAAAAGUUUGAGCUUCAAAAUGUUCCUGAAGCAUUAAUAAAACAACAUUUUUAACUCUUUUUUUAAAAGUUUUAAACUGAUUGGGUUUUCUUUUUAGUGUGAAAAAUUUGACAUAUGAGGCUCAUUUUAGCAGCUGUAUUCGGUUCAGGGGAAUUAAAAAACAAAAAGGUCAUUCAGUGUGAUUACCAUUUAACCUUGGGGUUCUGAUCUCCACUGUUCACGGAGAUUUCUUUUAAACAUGUAGGGUUUAAUAAAGUAAAAAAAGCACUGGGAAAACAAACACGUUAUUGAGAAGCUUUCAACCUUUUUUGAUUCAAAUGGUGCCCCCCCCUCCCAUCAUCUUAGACAUCAUGGAGUUGUUUACACUGAAAGGAAAAACUAGAAAUUCACAUCUUAUUUUUGAUUCAUUACAUCUUAAAAUCCAACAUGUCAUGAAACAGAGCACGAAAAGGAGGACACAAUGGCAAGACACCAAAUCAGUUUGUCCAAAGGCAGGGUUUAUUGAAGCUCAGGCAGAGGUCACCAAACAAAAUGGCAAGGUAAUACACAGGUUAACAAUAACUAUAAAUAAUGCUGGAACGAGACAAAAAGUGCAAUGAACUGGCAACGAUAAGGUGCAACACAGAGUAAAAUCCAAGAGGUUAUGAGGGUGAUGGGAAACAGGUUGGGAGACACAAUCAGGCAACAGGUACGACAAGACGGGGGGCAGGGCAGACUAGACAGGAACAAACCUAGAAGACAUAAACAAAGGUUAGUGACCUACAAAAAAAAAACAGAAAGGACAUGAAAUGAAACAAAACAUGAAUUUGCAACAAUAAAGGAAACUUAAUCAAUGAAUUAGCAGAAGUAAAAGGAAACUUAGCAGACAUGACAAAACAGUUUUCUAAACUCAUUUUAAGAAUGUGACUUAAGUUGUUCGCAAUAAGACACUUUCAUAAGAAGUUAGACAAAAAUACUUACAGGAGGUGUAUUUAAACACUAUAAUCUUUAUGCCAUAUGCUAUAUCAAAACGUAAAAUUUGUCAUUUGGGGCCCCAGGACUGAGCCCUGUGGAACAUCACAUGAUUAAUGAGACACAGACUCAUUAUUUGAGACCACAAAAAAAAAAAAAAGGUAUGAACCAGUUCAGUACGUAACCUGGUAAAACAGAUGACAGACCGUGCUAUACUCUUUUUAACAACAAUGUGAGUGCAGCUCCAUCUAUUGAUUGAAGACCCUCUGAGGUGACGAACCAGAGCAUGUAGUUGACGCGUAUUUCCAUAAUAAAACACCAUAGUCAUCGAUCUUUCCUUUCUUGAAUAUACUUGGAUGUUUACUUUGCAUAACAAAACAAUACUUUUUACGAAUAAAAAUGACGAAAUCAAGACCUGAUGUAAACAUGGUCAAAAACUAUUGUGCUCUCAAAGACCCAUAGUUGCACUAAUUACCCAAGAAAAACUCCUCAUCUCCAAUAAGAGAGCUGCAGUAGUAAUCGGCUUCAAUUCAACUUUCAAGUAAAACUAAACAACUGUUCAGUCUGUCAGAAUUCUAAUCAGGAUAAAUAACAAACAUUGUUAAUAUCUGUCAAAUUAUCAGUAGUACACAAAUGGCUCUAACAAACAACACUAACUGACAUGAAUACAGGGAAAUCUGUGAUGAGAAGGUGCACUGUGUUGGUAUUUGAGAUCGUUAAAAUGGGAAUGUGAUUGUGUUUCAUUGAUGCCAGUCAGAUCUAAAUCAAAUUGAAAAGAAACAGCCCCCCCCCCCACUUGAUUAAAUGUAAUUAUCCUCUCUUGUGUUGUGCACUGAAGCUAACAGUCAAGUUUCAGUCUUAAAUCAGCACACAGUGACAGUCUGUCAAGUUCAGUAACUAGAGCUGUAUCCAUAGCAACAGUGUGCUGUUGAAAGAUAAAAGACUGUUGCUAUGAAGUGUUAAUCAAUCAGAAUCAAGAUUUUAACAGCUGAGUAAUAAGUUUUGGUUUUAGUCCUAACGUUGGUCCUCAGAUGAGUUGGUGGAGAAAAGCACAAAGUCCCCUUAAAAAUAGUGUUUAGUCAGUAACUUAACAGUAACGGUCAGUAACUUUCCAUCUCUGUCAGAUAUACUGCUGCAGAAACUGAGAUAGUGUGAUGCGAUGAGUCACUGAGAGGCUGAUGAGUGUGUAUUUGUGUAGCGCUACAAAUGAAGGUAAUCUAUUCACACUUAUUUUACAAUUACAGUGUGUGUUUUCUGUGUGUGUUGUCUCUUUGUGCCCCUCACAAACACUUUCUGCUGUGUUGUAAAAGAAUCAUAGCCGUUCUUUGUGGGUCUGAAUGGACGGCGGCUGUGCUGAGCACAGAGUUUAACACACAGAGACAGUGAAUGUCUGCAGAGGACAACAGCUCCCUGUGCUGCCGCUGCUUCUGCUGUUUUAGUCUGAACAAAUGUUCACUCUUUACUGCUCAAAAAAAUCACCAAUUAUGCUCAUAAAUGCUUUCUGUUCAGUCCCGUUAGCGCACUAACUUAAAGCCAGUGAACAAAUCACAGCUUCUCUUCGGCUGUCAGGAAUGAGAAGCUGCUGCAGGAUAUGUAUCUCAAAAAUGUUUAUUUAAGAGUAAUGCGGAAGUCUGUACUUUUACUGUUCCCUGAAGUCCUGCUAAAGUUAACCCUGAGUCAGUGCAGAUGAUGUGAAUCUCUGGGUGGAGGUUUCUUCUUGUUUCACAACACUCUUUGGUUUCAAUCUUAGAUUCAUUUUAUACAUUCACUACUUCAGACUGUUUUCAGUCACUUUUUGUUUGUGUUUAUGAAAGUUUUCAGAAUGAGACACAAAAGCAUAUCUGGGUCCUGGAUACUGAAAAAGAUGUUAAGUUAUGGCUGGACGCUGAAAAAACUUCCACUGUCCAGUCAAAGACGUUGCUUAAGCGUCUCUGUUUAGAUCAGACUGAGCCGGAAAUUUGCUUCUUUCAUAAGAUUCAUCACAUCCUUACUCACAUAUUAGCAGUUUCAAGCCACACCUUCAAAGUAUCAAGGCUGGAAAAGCUUUGUGGACAUAAACACCCUGACAGUGCAAAAAAUGAAAACUUGAAUCCUUAAUCCAUGUACGGACUGCACCCAAUGUCAAAUAUCUUAACCAAGCAGAGAGGAUCACAACAUCAAGAGAAAACGCAAUAGAAACUUAAGAUAUUACCCCUCAGGCUAAUUUAAAUAAUUGACUGUGUGAGAAAUAUUUAGAAUAUUUUUGCGGGCUCAAAACUCUUAAACAUUUGAUAACUCCCUGUCUGCAGGUUGCAUGGUGAAAAUAAAAGCAUGAAGCUCUUUUACAUCCUCUCUUUACCUUUAUCAAACCUUAACCCUAACCCUAACCCCAACUCCCCCUCAAUAGAUAAAGUAUUCAGAUUCUGGUUCUCUCUCUUUUUCUCAAAAUCUUGAAUCUAAAUUUAGCAGAGGAAAUAAAUAUCCAUCAGUGUUUUCAGAGUGUAAUAGUCCCUGGGGCUGAAACAUAAUCAAACACAGCUGAGAGCUGCUUUUCAGAAUAAAGUCUAUGAGAGUUUCUGCAGAUGAGAUUACAAAAACAUUCCUGGAAUAACUCCCAGGCAAAGAUAACUCCUCUCCUUUUCACAGGAUGAAGUGAAAAUCAAAUAUCUGCAGCUGCAGCUCUCACAUUAUUUGAUGUUUCUUUCAAACUUGAUCUCGCUGGAGGAAUUAUUCAUCACUGACUAAGUCGUGACCCAAAGCAGAAAUGAGCAGGUGGAUGAAAUAAUGAAGUCUGUUGCUCUAUACCCUGUAAGGAACUGAAGGGUUAACUGUGACAAGAUCUGUUUUCCUGUUUGCAGAAAGCAACGUGUUCUAUUUUGAAAGAUUAGUCAGUCAUUUCCUGCACUUCAUCAGUAUCUCACAUCAGGCUAAUGUCAGGACCUUUGUGGGAGCCGGAUGUCGAAAUGAAUCAGUUUAGUAAGUCUUAUUAUUCAUUAGAUAGAGCGUGAUAUCUUUAGGAAGAAUUAAGACCCUCUGUGGACCUCUAUGAACAAAAACACUGCUAAGGCAGAAUUCAGAAGGUUAUGUAAUCAGAGGUAAAAUAAGUUUGACAAAAGCUUUUUCUAUAUUUCACACACAAUAUUUACAGUGUCCCAUGUCCUCCGAAAUCAGCUCCAAAACUGUUCAAAUGUCAUUCUGCUGGAGCACGUUUGAAGAGCAUCUAAAAUAAUCAUAUAAGAUAAGACAAGAAGAACUCGAAUUGAAAUUCAAUGUAUCAGAAACUGAGAGUCAGUCACGUGAGCACUCAGGUUAGGGUUAUCAGAUAUUAAAAUGGUACAUCUGUAGGGUGUGAACAUGUGCAGCAAAGGUUAUAAGCAACAGAUCAUUCAUUGUCUUAUUUGUUUUUAAGUCCAAAAGUUGAUUGCUGCUGUUAAUCGAUGAUAAAACGGCCAUCAAUGGCCAUCAAAGGCUUCUCUCUAUCGUAUCUGUUGUGAAAUGUUAUUGGAUCAUACCAUACUGUACCAUAACAUCUUGUUCGUUAAGAUAUCAUAUUGUGUCGAAUUGUAUCAUAAUGUACAGUGUCUUAUUGGCACAAUAGCUAUAUUUCAUCCGUUGUCCCCAGGCAGGUAACACCUCACUGCACUACUUACAAGACAGCACACAGAAAACAUACAACUCUCACAAAGGAGAUGGACACAACUUUUACACUACAAAUAACUCACAAACAGAGAGCUCUCUAUAGCAUUAUCUUAUACUGUAUCAUAUUGUUCCAUAUUGUACCAUAUUGUAUCCUAUCCUGUCACAUUGGACAUGAUGCCAAUUUGUUGUACAAUAUGAGGUCAUAUAGUGUCAGACUGAACCAUAGACUGUAUAUAGAAUGGACGCCGUCUGCCACCUCGCUGGGUGAAGCCACCCUGAGAACAGCACACUCUGGUGACGAGCUGCAGUAUAGGCUAUGACUCAUCCAGCCAUCCUUAUAGAGUUGUGGACAAACUUUAGAAAUUAAUUAUACAGAAUAUACAUUUUUCUCCCCCCCUGCUUCUGUUGUUGACAUGUACUUAUUGUAAGACUGGUUUGUCCUCAAGUCCUCUUUUUUCUAAACAGCUCCAUUUUCAGAGGUUACUAGGGGAUUUAUGUUGUCUAUGAUUGACACUUGAUACAGCCCAUGUGUGUGCAAAGAUUGCAUAGCUCACCUGGGGGGAUACAUUGUUUGAGCAGAGUGUCAUCACAGCAACUCUUGGCGACUCUCCCCCCGAAUGUGUACAAUACUACUGUGCAAGUGGUGGAGUACUUACGACGCUACUGCGCAAUUUUGGUUUCAGGAAGUGGAGAAAAAACCCAGAAAUACCAAAAGCUUUUUGGCUUCGAAUCCAUCUACUGGUGUAAAGUGUAACUAAGUUGUCCAUAGUAUGUACAGUCUAUGAACCUUUUGCAUCCUAUGGUAUCAUAGGGUUUUGUAUUGUACUGUUUAAUACUGUAUGUCCUAUCUUAUCUUAUAUGUAUGCCUCUGCAGUCUUCACCUUUCAGACCCCUGUGAAAUGUUUGAUGAAAGGUUUCUGACAACCCUGAAUAUACCUCUCUUUCUGUCCAGGUUUGAAAUGGUUUGGCAGCCUUACCAACCUGUCGACCCGCCGUCCAUCAGACAAAACCAACAAUAAGACAGCGCCAGAGCAUUAUGACAAACCUAUCUGUGACAAACCCACAGAGGGGGAGCAGACAGUGGAUGACAUGGAGUCCUGCCCCAUUUGCCCCACCUAUGCCAGAUCCGGCCAAAUGUACACCCACGUGGGCACCGUGCCACGGGCCCAGAGGCAGACGAAGAGCUGCAGGGGGCCGAAGGAGAAGAGGAAGAAGAAGAAAGAGGAAGAGGAGAGGGAGAACAGGGAGGAGAGGGAGGAGAGAGAGAACCAGUGGAGGGCGGGGGAACAUGUUCGAGACUCUCCUCUGCUCAGCGCCCUGUCCAGUCUCAGUCUGACCAGCCUGGACCUCCCCAAACCUGAUUCUGCACCUACUCGACCACUGCCUGCUACACCCACACCCACACCCAGCUGGGCUUCACCUUUGACCUCUGCACCUGAAACCUGCUGCAGGGAGCCCUCAGUGGACCCCUUCAAGGGCCACAAUGUUUCAUCUGAGAGCAGGGAGCCUUUAGAAAUCGGAAAACCUGCAAGAGGGUCUCCAAACAUGACCACAAACAGCCCCCAAACGGUUUCUCCUCAGGAUUUAUACGUGCCGAUGGAUCCCAUAGGUGAAACAGCGCGUGGCCAUGUGGACGAGCAGACAGAAAGACAGCGAGGCUUUAUGGGUAUUCAGGAAACAACAAAGACUCCUACCUGCAGUCUGGAUGAUACAGAAGUCAACAGGUGAGAAAGAUGACUGAUUACACCUUCAGAGGCUACAUUUCACAAAAUAGUCUGUUUUUUAAAUUUCUACCUUUGAUACUGACUUUACCUUAAAAUUAACACCACAGAGCAUAUAAGUCUCCGUCUUAUGACUGGUGCUCAAACCUGAAAGGGCAUCAAAAGGCAAAUUUAUUUCAUGAAACCCUAAAAUAUUUAAUAAUGCAAACAAUUAUUAUGAAAUGCCAAAAUAUUACAAAAACAAUUAUACAAUUUUCCUAAUUGUUUAACAUCUUUGUUUCAAUUAAUAUUUUUUGUGUGUUUGUGUGUGUGCAUUAGGUUUUGUGAUUUUUUAUAAAAUAUUUUGCAAUCAGCAUGCAAAUAUUGUUAACUUUCAUACAUUAUUGGUUUAUGGCAACAUUUUUGCAUUCAUGGAUCAAAAAAAUUAAAUUUGGAUCUUAAAAAAAUCACAUGAUCAAAUUAAUAUCACAAAAUGUGUAUAUGUUCCAAUUUUUUUCAUUUUGUAAAAUGCUUUUUCUUUUUUUUGAUUUGGCUUAACCUCCAAACCUUUUAAAGGAAUUUUUAAUUAUUUUUUCAUUUUGUUCCGAUAAAACCUAGCUAGAUAAAACCUUUUGUGAAAUGGCUUUAUCUAUUUUCUACUCUAAAUGUUAUUGUUUUUUGUUUGUAUUUAUAUAUUCUGAGGUUUUGGUGUUUUUAUCACAUAUUUCUGAGUUUGGUGAUAUAUUUUAUGAGUAGUAAAUGGUUUUUGUGUGCAGUUGACUUUCAAAGUCACUGCAACGCUGUUUCAGCUUGAGUACAAGAAAAAAAAAACAGCUCAAAGGAAAAUAGAAAAACCAAAUAAAAUUAGUUGACCGGUUGAUAGUCCCUAAAAAGUUUUCAUUUCUGUAAAAACGUUCAUCAGUAAACAGAAGAGCCGUUGUGCACAUGCGCAGUAGCUCCCCUUUUGCCCGCUCAGUCAGCUGUGGAAACUCAGCAGCAGUUUGAGUCAGACUGUGCGGGAGAAGAUGGGAGAAGUUGGUGACGUUAGCUGUCCGUCUGUCCGCUUUGGGGAGGGAGAGAGGAGGUGAGGACGUGAUUUGAGUAACUUUAUUAUUCAUAAAUGUUAAAAUAAUGUUGGGUACGCAUUUGUGAGGAGAUCGAACUUUUUAAUUCAUAACAGUGAAGCAGAAAUGUUCGGUGUGUGUGUGUGUGUGUGUGUGUGUGUGUGUGUGUGUGCGCCGCGCGCGCGUCAUCUGUCAUCUUUACCAGCUCAGAGUCAGGAACAUUUAAAGUCGGUCUGUUCUUGAGACCUUUACAGGCUUUUCUUGCAGGUACCAAGUGUUUUAUUUAUGGAUACAAACACAUACGCACGCGCGCACGUUUCAUUUUUGUUUUACCAUAAAACAUGAAAAACUGUGAACAAGUUAAACAUUUACCACCAGUGGAUUUCCCUUUGAAGUCAGUGGGUUACCGGGGAGAGAGAGAGAGAGAGAGAGAGAGAGAGAGAGAGUGUUUGUUUGUGUGUGUGUGUGUGUGUGUGUGUGUGUGUGUGUGUGUGUGUGUGUGUGUGUGUGUGUGAAAUGGACCGGACUGGUUGUUACAUAAUCAGAAGAAUUUGUUCUCUCAGUCUGAACUCUGAUAAAGCUUUCAGACAGAGAUGCAGCAUGCUUUCGCUCUUUUUCCCCUAGAGCAAAUAUUUAAAAAAAGAGGAUUUAUUAACCAUUUUCAUACAAAGUUAACUUUUAUUUAAAAAAAUGAAUUCUCUUUAAUCUAGAGUCAGACUGCAAUGCUCUGUCAGAAAAAAAUGUGAUUAUUAAUUUAAGAUUUUGAAAGCUUAAAAAUCAUACUUGUGCUAUUUUUCAUACCACUGACUGCAUUGAUUUAUGUUACUUUUUUGUAAUUAUUAGAAAAGGGAUUUUACAGGUCUCACUUAUAAUAAAUAAAUAAGUUGUUUGUUCCAGUGAGGUUUGUAAAAAACUUCUUGUUUUCUAGUGUUUUUGGCUUUUCUUACAUUUUCAAAGUGCUUAUCAGAGGGUGGAUGUGGUGAAAAAGUCUGUCCUCCUUCCAAGUUAAAUUCCAGCCCCAAUUUGCAGAAUGAUACUCCUACCUCUCCCAUUUUAGCAUCUGGUCUUUAGGGGUGCUCAGCCCCACCCCAGUGUUGACAGAGGCACAUUAUUUUUCACGAAAUGAUGCCUACGAGUACAUUUGUAAAUGUUGGAGCUGUAUUAGUUUUGCUUUGAGUGUGAAUUCCAUCCAAUUUGCAUAUUACAUGAGCCAUGCCCAUAGAAAACCAGUUACAUUUUCUAACAUACAAACAAUAGAACAAAUAAUAGGAAAUAAAUUAAAUGGUUAAUAAAAUACUUCACCUUAAUGCACCCUAAUGCAUCCUUGAGCACAAACCACACCCUUUUAAUCACCUAAUAACAUCUAGAAUGUUUUUUAUAAAAAAAAUCUGCAUAUUAUUUUGAACAAUGCAGGUCUCUUUCUGUGUGGAUUAAUGAAUGGGCCUAAAGUGAGCAGGCACAGGGGGUCACAGGUCUUAAGUGCCCAGGACAAACUGAAAGAUUUAGACACAUGAGGGCAGUAGUGAGCACAGGUAAAAAGCUUACUCAUACAAAACCCCAAAUCAAAUAAUUCCUCUUGUAGGUACAGCAUUGUACUUCCUCAUUAAUAAUGACCAAAACACAUUUUAUCCCACAAUACUAUCUUUAAUGGUAAGCCACAUUUUAACCAUUUUGGAGGUAAAAAAAAUGAAGCCUCCCCUUAAUCUAAAUGUCAAGUUUUUUUCUUGAAAGGGAAGAAAUAAAGAUUUGUCACAUCCCAUUCACCUCACACCAAAACAUAACUAAGUUAUUAUUAUUUAUCUUACCUGAAGUUGACUUUAGGCCCUUGUUUAAAAAAAAAAGAACGUAUGUCUAUCUGUGGAACGACAGAUAAUGGAUCAGAUUUUCCCAAUGUUCCAGUUAACUAUGCAUGGGGGUCUGUAAUGAACCAUAGACAAUGGCAAAAAAGUAACAGGUUACUUUACUUUAGUUCCUGCUUUGAACUGUAACUGAACUGUUAGGCUACUCAAAAGUAACUCAUUACUAAUUACUUCACCCAUGCAAAUCCCCUUUGCAAAAAAUGAGAUGAACCACAAAAAGUCUCUCAGAAAUUAAAUUCCGCUCCGAUGUCUGGUACAGGCCAGCACCGCCCUGGUUGUCAUAGCAACGCAGUGCGCGACUACUUUGACGUUAUCAUUAUCGCGUGGCCGCCAUGUCGCCGCUGACUGCUGGUAAAACAACAGUGGAGUAAAAAAAACAAGUGAGACAAUAACGCGAGUGGAAACGAGGAUUAUGUUGUCGUACCUUCAUAUGUUCCAUACCUUCUCACCUCGGAAUGCGUCGACUCGGGUGCAAGCAAUCGCGUGAACGUGCCAACCAGUCAAAAGAGGUGUAGCUGAUAAGUGGGUUAAUAAGACUCGUAUUGAAGCUCACACAGCAGCAGAGGGGCAGAGCAACGUCACUCUGCGCAGUUGCACUCUUUUCUUAAGAUUUUCGCACAACACAAUAUUUUGGAGAGGUGCUGAGCUAGGGGGUGCUCAGCUAAUUCAUGGGGGUGCUGAAGCAUCCCUAAAAAUAGCCUAAACUCGCCCCUGCUCCCCCUGCUUCUCUCGGCUCUUCUCUCUCCUCCUUCUGCUUGUCUCUCGCUCUUCUCUCUCCUCCUGUUCCUUUCCCUGCUUUCUUCUCUCCUCCUCCUCCUACUGCUCUCUUCCUGCUCCUCUCCCUGCUUUCUCCUCUCCUAUUUCUGUUCCUCUUCUCUUUCAUCCUGCUCGUCUCCCUGCUGAAUUCCCUGCUCUCGUCCUGCACCUCUCCCUGCUCUCCUCCUGCUUGUUUUUCCUCUUUCUCCUCUCCCUGCUCUCAUCUCUUCCUCUUUCUCCUCUCUCCCCUCUUCUGUUCUUGCACAUCUUCCUGCUCUUGUCCUGCUCAGUUCCCUGCUGUCCUCCUGCCUCCCUCCUCCUCUUUCUUCUCUCCCUGCUCCCCUCUUCUUGCUCCUCUCCCUGCUGUUCUCUCUGUAUGUUGUAAUCAAUAAGAGAUUGAACUGAUUUAAUCAGGAAAAAAAAAGUUCCCUGAUACGCUCUGUUGGACCAAUGUCCUUGUGUUAAGGAGAACCAGAUGAUAAAUUAUUGUGAGAUAUUUUCCCAUGAUGGACAGGAGGUGAUUUCAUGAUACAUGAAUAAAUCACAUUUCCUGCUGUUACAGCCCCUUGUUUUCUCUCUGUAAAUAAAACAAUACUUAUGCAACCACAGGAUAAACAAAACCUUAAGAACAUCUGAGAACAUGUGGAAAAACACAUGUAUGUUCUCUGCAGAGUUUGGACUUAUGCUGUGUUUUCUCCUAAAUAUGUGUAAGAUACCCUUGUGUGUUCACAUCUGUUCGUGCAUUUGUGCAUGGUGUGUGUUUGUUCUCAGAGUGUGUGAAGGGAGCAAAAGGUCACCUCACUUGGCGUUAUAAAAAUAUGCAGCAUGUUGAGGAAGAGCACAGUGACCAGACAGAAAUGUCCACGUGCAGUUUCUCAGACACACCACCCCUGUCAGGAUUUGUUUAAUCCGGCUGAGUUUGUGAGUCCCUGAGCUGUCAGAUUUGGUGAGUGUGUCCGGCUGCAGUGAUUACGUCCCAAACAUCAGGGAGUUACAGAAGUUUCCCCCUGUUUUUUUCUGAUCUGAGCCGUCACUGCAGCAGAAAUCUGCCCAUCCUCCCUGGAGAAGAGUUGUUGUGUUGCAGGCUGUUGCUGGGUGGUGUCAGAUUGACACACUGCUGCUGUCAGAGUUGUGCAACAUACAGACACAGAGAUGCACCACUACUACCAAGCUAUCUUAUUAUAACAUUGCUAAUGGAUGACAGGAUUCAGUGACUGGUCCUUCCUCCUCAACAGUCUUUAACAUCAUUUUUUGUAACCUAACAUAAGUGAUGGAAAAUGAAAAAUGCUGAAGUUCAUUAAAAGCAGCUGUAAAGGAGUUAAAGUCCUUAGCAGUGCUCACAUACCAGGCAGAUAGAGAGGAUUCAUAGAGCAGCUUUAAACAAACACAAAAACUGACAUCACUCAAAUUUGCCAGGAAGUAACUUUUCAGUGAGCCUUAAAAUAAAAAUAAAAACAUUUCCUGAGCUGCAACUCUGUUUACUGAUCUAAAAUUAAAUCUUGGCAAUGGGAGAUGUUCCUUUAUUUUCUAUUGCUCAUGUUGUUUCCAUGUAUUUAUUGUUUCUGAGCAAGCUCUGAGUGUUUUUAACAAAAGUUUUGUGAAUGCAUGUAAAGCAGAGGUCAGCUGGAUCAUUGCACAGCCCGGUUGUAACGGAAGUUUGCAGCACUGAAACAAUGACAGAAUAAAUGCCCCCCUCACAUGCAAAAGAUUUAGCUGUUCUGAGGACAGUUAUCCAGGGACUGAAAGUCCUUUGCAAAGCUUUUGAUUUGAGCCUCUGUAGAACUUUGUAAAAAAACUUCUCAUGAAUCUCAUUGACUGCAGUCAUGCUGUUUAUUAUUGAAUAAUGUCAGGUUACAAAUGGGAAAUAUGACAAUAUAUAGUGUCUGGGCGAUAGAAAAUGUUUAUCGUUUAACAUGAAGCUCUAUCGUUUCUAUCGUGGUGUCGCAAAACAUUGCUUUAUUUUAUGUGACAACGUAACAUACAGUGUGCACAGCAUGCUUGCACAGCACACAGCAUGCUGAGCAUGGAGCCCCACCACACACUACUUGACCAAACAAAACAACUAUGAGUCAGAGAAAGACGGUAGCGGUCCAUCAAACACCAAUUCUGGUUGGUUUGGGUUUAAAAGGUCAGACACAGACCAAACCACUGUUAUUUGUAAACUACGCCGCAGCCCAGUACCCCGUGGACUGAAACACCACAAACUUGUUCAACCACAUUAGCAAGAUGCACAAAAAAAAUAUGCCGAGUGUAUGCAAGCAUAAGCAGCUAAAGCAGUGAGUUAUAUUGUCGUUGCUGCUAAGAAACCCCAACAGCAGACAGUGCAACAGGCUUUUACCUGUGGCAUCCCAGGUACCCAAAGCUCCCACAGAUGGAAUGAGAUAACAACUGCAUUUGCCAAGCACAUAUGAAAAGAUAUGGUUUCAACCUUUGUAUAUUUGUAUUGUGAGCCUGAUUUUGUUGCUGUACUUUAAAAAAAUAUUACUCUAGUAAUAUCUCUAGUUAUACCAACUUUAGAAACGACUGCACGAUAUCAAUACGCAGAGGUCUCAAGAGCCACGCACAAACCUCAACCAAAACGCCACUCUAUAGCCAGAAAUAAUGCUCAGAACAGCACCUAACUUCAUUAACAGUGGCUACAUAUAGGGUCCCAGCCAUAGUACUAGCCACCAAAAAUCUUUAUAGUUUAGCCUGAUUUCUUUAGCAAAGAGACUGAACACAACUCAGCUACUCUGCUCCAGCAGCGGCUUGUUUGUAGGAAGACCUCGACCUGUCCAUCAGCGACUGAGGCGGGGGACACAGCUCAAGGAAGAACACACAUUUAAGUACGUGUGUGCUACUUUUUAUUUCAGUUUAAUGUGCUUUACAAAUAAAUCUUACUUGCACACUAUGGUGGUAACAAUUUAAUAAUCAGGCUUCAAAUUUUAGUUUUCAUGUGGACACUACAUUCUAUAGGAGUGAUGAGUGAGGUAGAAUGAAUUGCAUUUAGACAGGGAUUAAAGUGUAUACACAGGACUACAAUAUAUAUAUAUAUAUAUAUAUAUAUAUAUAUAUAUAUAUAUAUAUAUAUAUAUAUAUAUAUAUAUAUAUAUAUAUAUAUAUAUAUAUAUAUAUAUAUAUAUAUAUAUAUAUAUAUGUGAGGAAUUUAUUGAGUUGUUGAAAAUUGUGCAAUAAUACAUACUUAUACUGUUCUGUCUAUCUCAUUCUUAAAGAGAACAGCCAACAGUCAGUACGUUUACAUGACACUCCAGUAAACAGAACUAUUGCCUGAAAACUGAAGUACAUGUAAACACCUUAGUCCGACUAUAAUCGGGUCGGAGAACUCCGAUUAAGAUACCCAGUUAAUGUGUUUGGAAUUGGAUUUUUUCUACCAUGUAACCAGCAAAGUCGGAGUAUGAUUGGACAAUUCAUGUGCACGUGCACCACGCCCCUGUAACCCUGGAACAAAAACACUGGAGAGGAGAAGUAGCAUGCACCUCAUCUGCAGAAAAAAUAGCGUGUACAUCAUGUACGACAAAAACAACACUGUACAAUGCUCUGUCUUCUUGUUCGAAAAUGCCCAGCAGCAGUUGUAGCCACUUCUGAUGUCUGGCACUGACCUGCUGUUGUUGUGGAUACAACCAGAGACAGCACAGUUAAAAAGACCCAUGUUGCCCCUAGUUUAGAUGACAAGGACACGCUCACGCCAAUAAUUCGAUUUUCUCAGGUGCAUGCAUACGCAGACAUGGAGAGAAGUCUGAUUCGGCAAAAUAGAUGGAAAUUAAAAAAUAUUUGUAUUGAUUAGUCAUUGAUUAAUCAAAAAAAUAAUCGUCGUCUUCAUUGAUUGUUAAAAUAAUCGUGAGUUGCAGCCCUAUUCCAAAUAAAAAAUAUGUUGCACCUACUACUUUUAUUUGUUUUGUCUAUCAUCAAACUGUGUUUUCACAUUGCAAUUUUCAUUUAAAGUAUUUAUCAAUUGAAUUUACAAAAAAAAAACAACAUUAAAUAAAAUUUUAAAAAAGCUAUAUUGUGAUAUAUAUCGUUAUCAGGAUACAAAAUUAGCUAUAUCAGGAUAUGAGCUUUUGGUCAUAUCGCCCAUCCCGAGUUACAGGAGAUAUAUCUCCUAUCCUCUCCCAUUUUCUCUACAGAUCUCUGUUUGACCCUUUUUCUGCCAUGACUAUCUAUCUUCAUUAGGUUUUGAUCAUGUACAGCUGUUUGUAGAGUGCUGCUGAUGUAUGUUAUGUAAGGGAUUAAUGUACGGUUGGCAGGUAAUCAUACAGAUUAUAAUCCUGACAGGGUGAGACAAGAGCCUGGAGCUACUCAGGAAGAUUAUUAUCAUGUAACCUAUCAGCUAAUGCAGAAUCACUUUAUUGUGAUGUUAUAGUUAUUGUAGGCCAUGUAUGAGCUCUCAGUAUGAGGGUCAGUCACCCUGUGAUUUCCACCAUGAAUGUUCACAAACUGAGCACAGAUGUUUUAUGAAUCAGUUGGUAAAGAUGAGGUUCUAAAAUGUAAGUGACUUCAAUCUAAUGGACCAUUCAUCACAACACAAACACAAUCCAUCAUAAUACACUCGACGCAGAAAAAGCAUUUGACAGAGUCAACUGGUCAUUUCUCACUCCCACAUUACAAAAAUUUGGUUUUGGGAAGUCAUUCACCAACUGGGUUCAAUUCAAUUCAAUUCAAUUCAGCUUUAUUUAUAUGGCACUUUUCGUACACAAGGAAAUGCAAUUCAAAGUGUCUCACAGAGGCUAAAAAUAACAUUAAAGACAAAAACCCAACCCUUCCACCCACACACACACCCAUGGACCCACACACACACAAAGACACACACCCACCCACACAUAGACACACAAACAACCGCACACAGUGUGAGAAUUUACGAUAUAAGUUAAAGAGACAUGGCCUGACACCGAGACAUUACAUGAGGAAAGAGCUACCUUUAGGAAACACUGGAGAUAAAAAUAGAGAUAAAAAUGGUGAAAUGAGAAAACCUGAUGGACAAAAAUAAGAAAAUAAAAAUAUUAAAUGAACAAAUAAAGAAAAAGGGGUAAGAGAAGUAAAAAUCUGUCACAGGAAAUAAAAAAAAGGCUAAGAACAGAGAUAAUGGAUAGAAUGACAUAAAAUAAACAUUAAGAACUUUGAUUAAAAUAAACAUUUGCAAUAAGAGAAAUCUAAAAUGGCAAUUAGUAAAAAGCCUGGUUAAAAAAGUGAGUCUUGACAAAGUAGCAUCGCAGCAUUGGAGCCAAUGCAGCGAUGCUAAAACUGGCAUUAUAUGCUCUUGCCCUCUGGCCCUUGUCAGCACUCUUGCAGCUGAAUUUUGUAAAAGCUGAAGUGUAUGUAAGUUCUUCUUUGGGAGGCCAGAGAGCAGGGCGUUACAAUAAUCUAAACGUGAGUAGAUAAAAGCAUACAUCAGCACCUCCAUGCUGGCCUGAGAGAGAAACGGGCGGACUCUGGCUAUAUUUCUAAGGUGGUAAAAACCUACCUUUGCUAUGUUUUUGAUGUGUGGAAAAAAACAGAGCUCAGAGUCAAAAAUUACGCCCAGGUUUUUUAUAGAUGUUGAUACUUUAAAAUCUUGUAGUUUUGGUAAAAGUGUCUCUCUCAGGCCUUCAGGGCCAAUAACUAAAACCUCUGUUUUAUCCUGGUUGAGCUGCAGGAAGUUGGCUGCCAUCCAGGACUUAAUGUCUAAAAUGCAAUUUAAAAAGGGCAUCAAUUGGCCCGCUAUCAUCAGGAGACACGGCCAUGUACAGUUGUGUAUCAUCAGAAUAGCUGUGGAAGUUCAUGCCGUGCCUCCUGAUGAUGUCCCCCAGGGGAAGCAUGUAGAGAUGAAAAAGAGUUGGACCUAAAAUUGACCCCUGGGGAACCCCACACAUAAUUUUAUGGGUUUGUGAGGAACAUGUAUCCAUACUUACUAAGAAGUGUCGAUCAGUGAAAUUAGAGGUGAACCAGUUAAAAACAGUGCCUGAGAGGCCGACCAGGUGCUUAAGUCUAUUUAAUAAAAUGUGAUGGUCUACUGUAUCAAAGAUUUUAACUGCCAUCAUGCCACCAUGUUAGAUCCAGCAGGACCAAGACUGUGAGGUUGCGAUUAUCUAAAUUGCACCUGAUGUCAUUCAAAAAUUUUAAAAGGGCUGUCUCAGUACUGUGGUUCCUCCUAAAACCUGAUUGGCACUUCUCUAAAAUGCUCUUCGUAUUUAAAAAAUCAUUUACUUGUUAAAGUUUUUCCAAGAUUUAAUUAAAAAUGGUAAGUUGGAUACAGGUUGGUAAUUGUUAAAAAUCUUGGGGUCCAGAUUGCUCUGCUUCAGAAGAGGCUUCACCAGCACUGUUUUAAAGGAGGUGGGAAAGACCCCUGUCUGCAGAGAGCAAUUUACAAUGUUUAAAAGCUUGGGAGAAAACUCGACCAAGUGUCUGCGCGUCAACCAGUGCAAAACUCUCCAGUGUUUCCUCGGGUAAAAGCAGUGAUCCAGGUGUGUUGGCAGUUAAAAUCUGUUGAGAUAAAAGACUGGAUCUGAUGUUGUCGAUUUUACUUCUGAAGUGGUCUGCAAAAUCCUCACAGAGGAUGACCCAGGGGUUCUGUUAGUUAAAAGAUCAAUUGUUGUUCUUGCUUGUUUGACUGUGCUAUUGAAGGUUUUGAGGUGUUGUUAAAAAUUUCAAGAUGGACUGUUAAUUUUGAUUUUCUCCAUCUUCUUUCAGCACUCCUUCAUUUUCGUUGAGCUCUUUGAUAUGCGCGUUUCUCCAUGGGGGUCUUGCUUUUUUAUUGAAUGUUUUAGUUAAAAGUGGAGCAACUGAGUCCAGUGUUGACCUUAGAUUGUUGUUAAAAUUGUCAACGAUAAAAUCACAGGGUGCUGGUAAAAUUUGUGGAGAGAUGUUCUGUAGGAUGUGAAUAAAAUUUGCAACCACUUCAGAAGUUAGGUAGUGUUUCCUCACUGUUAUGACUGGGCUCCUCCUCUAGUUAAAUCUGCUGAUUUAAAAAAAAAUACUAUGCACUACUCUUACUGUCACUGUGAACACGAAAGGACUAACAUCACACCUUUGACACCACACUGGGGGUCUAGCAAGGAUGCCCACUCUCCCCCUGCCCACUCCCCCCUCCCUUUUCACUAUCAAACCCUCUAGCUGCAGCCAUUCACUCAAACUCCCACAUCCAAGGAAUUCAGACACCAAACGAACAUCAUAAAAUCAGUCUUUAGGCUAAUGCCAUCCUGCUGUUCUUACAAAACCUUUACCCAUCACUACAUGAAACAGUCAAACUCAUAGAAACAAACUCAAACACUUCCAGUUACUCCAUUAACUGGCAUAAAUCCUCAAUCAUCACACAACAAAAAAAAAAAAAACUGUUGGGAUGUGCCAGCCCACACACCACCUAUCCCUCUUUGUACAACCCACAUUACUUAUUAAGGUAUCAACAUCUCCUCCAGGCUUAGAGUUAUUCAACCUCAAUUACACCCCAUUACUCCAUCAAAAACAGAUCAUUCCAAUCCACAGCAGAAUAGCAACAGUUAAUAAAAUAUCUUCUUUUUUUCACCCAUAUAUUUAUUGAGUUAUAGAUUUUUACAAGACAGUCUGGCUGCAGACCUCCACUGUCCGGACCCUUGGUUGCAGACCUCCACUGUGAGGGCCCACCUCCACUGAGCGGACCGGAAGUUGAUACAAAGCCUAUCAAAUUAAACGUAAUUAGACCGGAAAAUAUAAUAUUUUUUGUUUCGUGUAUAUUUUAUAUCUUGGGCCUUCAUUUAUGUUUAUAAUGUUAUCAGGAUUUUUUUGUGUAUUCAUGUGUUCAACAAAGAGGUCCUCACAGUAGGGGUGUGUCCUGACAGUGGAGGUCUGCAGCCAGACCCCUCUUGACUUUUAUAAUAAAACAUUGAUAAAAAAAAGUGCCAUAGAAUUCAGACACACUUCAACAAACUGCCUCUCAGACUCAAUGCCAUAAUUCAGUACAGAUUAAUGCCCAUAUAAACGAUAGACAGAAAACAAACAAAUGAGUUGUAAGAUUUCAAAGAUCCUUGAGUAAAUUUUUGAGAUAUCUGUGUUGCCAAGUUUCACUGAAGAAAACUCAUUCCCCUUCUUCAAUAUCUGACAUAUCGAAAGUGGUCCCUAUAUAUUUUUUUUCAAACAAUUUCUGUUUGCCCUUUCUUAUAAAGGUCACUCUUUCUAAAGGAAGUAUUGCAAUCACUUGUCCAACCCAGUGUUUAAUGCUUGGUCUAUUAGUAUUUUUCCAGAAUAUUGUGAUUGAUCUUCUUGCAUGUAAUAGACACAUGCUACAUCUUAUCUUACAUCUUAUAUAUAUAUAUAUAUAUAUAUAUAUAUAUAUAUAUAUAUAUAUAUAUAUAUAAUGUAUAUAUAUAUAUAUAUAUAUAUUUUUUUUUUUUUUUUUUUUUUUUUCUAAAAUAUUCUCUCUAAAUUUCCUUUUCCUGCUAAUUCCAGUCCUGGUGAACUGUAACACUUGGUGUCACGUGUGUUGGGUCAGUUCAGUCCACGAGCGUUCAGUGGUCAGGCUUUAGACUGCAGUUUGGGACUGUGCCAUCAAUGUGUGUCAGUGCCUUAGUGUACUAGGGGUCAGAGGAAAACCAGCUGACCAGGGAUCACAGAGAGCUAUUGUUAGUGGUGCCAAAGCUACUUAAUGAAUACAGAUCUGCAAGAUACUGAUGAUCAGAAAGCGACAGUAACUAGUUUGUCAAAACAUGAUCAGUUUGACAAAAAUGCAAUAAAAGGAGUGGAAAUGAUAAAGUUCCAAAUAACAAAAUUAAUGGCAUUGAAAAUGUUACUAUAAUUUUAUGUAGCAAACAGUGAGCCCAUGCACCUCUUCAGACUCCUUUACCAUUGGGCACAGACAGUUCCUGAAAUAAAUGUUGUUUAGCUACCAUCACUCGUCACCUGCAUGUUUUCCAUUGUGUUGCAUCAGCCAGCAGACUAGGUGCUGGAAUCUGAAAGUCAGAUGUCCUGAUAGAGGAUUUCAGCUGCUCAACAGUUCAGGUUCUCCUUUGUCCUGUUUUGGUAUCAUGAUGCUCCAAAUGUUUUCAAUGGAGGACAAGUCAGGACUGCAGCCAGGCUAGUUUAUCAGCAGGUCUCUUUUACUACUGUGCCAUUCUGUUGUAGCUCUGCAGAAUAUGAUUUUUCAUUAUCUUGCUGAAAUAUGAUGGUAGUCCCUGAAAAAGUCUUUGUCUGGAUGGCAACAGAUGUUGCUCCUAAACCUGUAGAUAUUGUUCAGCAUUGAUGGAUUAAUCUGUGGAUGAAUGGAUUAAUUUUAAUGUGACUUUCUGGUGUUUGUUCUGUUUUUCAGUCAGCAGGACAUGACAAAGAGCAGCGGUGAAUAUGUGAAGGUAAGCUGACUUUGUCCCACUUGUCACUCUUUCCCCCUUCUCUUCCACUUACCCCUUUGUCUUUGUCUUACCCCUUUGAAAACAUGCCACUAAGAAAAGAGACGCCACUCGAUUCCCACUACAUCAUCAUGCCUUGCCACAUGCUGGCUGUGUCGUAGGCUGAUGCAACAAUACCGGUAAACAAGUCAGAAAAAUAACACCUACUGUUGCAACUUUAAGCUGUUGUUAGCUAUUGUUAGCAAGAGCAGUUGAAAAAACGCAUUACAUGGUAUUUUACUCAUAAAAGAGCGAACUUAGAAGCUCCUGAAGCAGCUUUUACAUUAGAGGUUACUAAUGUACCGAAUGUAGCUUAGCUGUCUGAUAAUUCUGUUUGCUGUGAAUUUGUCACUCGAGUCGGACAUCAGUGAAGCUAUCAUUAGCUAUAGCUUUGUUAGCUAGCUUAACAUAACGAGCAAUUUUAAAAUGCAAACAAUUCAAAACAUGGCUAAUAUUCAUGUGGAGUAGCAAAGAAAUGAAUAUCCUAUAACAACAUAAGUGUCAUUACUAUGAAUAUCAAAACCUUACCCCUUGCUUUCAAGGGUUUUGAGGUCCCCAGUUUGUCUUCAAUCUUCGAUUCAAGGGCUGUGUACCUCUUGACCUUAACCUUACAGAGAAUUGGAACACCCCUUUGCUUGAUGUGAAAUCACAAAAUGAGGGCUGAGGGCUGAGACAAGGGCUAAGGGUAACACUUAGGUUUGGCCCUAAGUCACUAUUCUGCACCUUCCCUCCUCUUUCUCUCUUUGUAUUCUGGUCCCAUUUCCACUGAGGGCUGAAUUAAAAAGAUGUUCUGGCAUAAAUUUAAGUUAUGGUCAAACACACUGCAACACCGAGUUAGACACCCCCUCGAGAGAUGAAUGUUGCCGACAGCUUGCUUCCUUAGUUAAACGAACUUCAGCAACGACUGCACAAUAGCAACAUACAGCAGUCUCAGGAGCCACGCGCAAACCUCAGCCAAAAAGCCACUCUAUAGCCACAAAUAAUGCUCAGAACAGCACCUGACUUCAUCAACAGCAAAUAUAGGGUCCCAGCCGUAGGCUAUGUCUCAUUUCAGAGACCGCACCGUCGAACGGCACAUUUCAAGUGUGCGUGAUGUCAUUACGCGGCGCGAACGAUGUCCCAUUUGGCUCGUAAUUCUGAGCGCACUUCAAAUGUGGUCUCAAAACCAUGUGCACGUUUCAAGCGUGCAUUUAUGCACGGCCUUGGUAUCCCAGAAUUCUUUGCGUGCCACUGCACAGCUGCGCAUUUCGGGUGAGAGGCCGGACUCGCUUGGAGAUACAGUGCGUCUUCAAAAAUAAAAGAAAUCCAAAAACAGCAGACAAUCAGCUCGGGCUGUAUGAGCGCAUGAUCUCAUAACUCACUCAAAUCUGCAAACCAAACAUGAUACUCUUUAGUGACGAACUGAUCCGCUCUGCUACCACAAUGAAAAACAUUAGUAAUAAGAAAGCUGACGCAAUUACAUCUCAUCUGAGUAUCAGGAGUUUUUUUUUUUUUUUUUGUAAGACUUGGAGAUUAAAGUUGUAAACUUGGGAAAAUAAAGUUAUCAAGUAAAUAAAGUCAUAAAGCUACUUUUAUAGAGGGAGAAAUGACUGAAGCUGGUCAACUGCAGGGUUAUCUGUGGAUGUAUCAGUGGGUCAUUCAGAGAGUUUUUGUGGUUUCUGAGGAAACAAUCCAACUGAUGAUCAACAUUUGAGAUCCAACACCACGUCCCUCACACCAGCGGUAACCUACACCUGCAGAGACACCAACACUUUAUUGUGGCAUAUGGAUUCAUAUCAUAAACUAAAGCUCAAUGUUAUUCACGGCUAUUUAUGACUGCAUUGAUGGAUUUAUCUACAGCAUAUCGAAUUCUGCCUCCACAAAAGCAGUGAUUUUCUCCAAGUCCACCUGUUUUUUUUUUCCCCAUGGAAAAGACGUAUAUGUUCUUUUUUAAGUCUUUAUACUUAUGACAAUGUAAUGCUGAUGUGCCAAAGGAUGAAGUAUCUCCUUGUUUGUGAAACCUAUACUGAAGCACAGUUCCUUUAAAUGCUUCAUGGCCCUAAUUUUAACAACUCUCCUUUGAAAUAACAGGUAACUUUACGAAUACAUUCUAAUAUAUUAAUGACUUUAUUCUUUUAAAUUCACGACUCUCAUACUCCUUCAUCCAAAACAUGCAAUCACUGGAUAAAUUUUGUGGGAAUGAUCUGUGCUUGUAUGUAUCUAUUGUUUUGUGUCUGUGCAAGGUCGCACUAUUAAAAAAUAACUGCUGCGCUCCGCGGUUUUUCUUCAAGUCAGUCGUGACGCGAGCCUGAGGGCAGGGACAGUUGGCUACUCAACCAGGAAGUCCUCAGAAGGGUAGACCGUCCCAAUUCACAAAAACCGGACCAUCUCACUCAAGGUCCUCGAGUCCACAUAACGACAGUGCGCUCAGCUAAGCGCGCUUGACUGCGCUCAGCCGUAUGCAGUCUCUGAAAUGAGACACAGUAGUAUGAGCCAUCAAACGUCUUUUUAGCUUUACCUGGUUUCUUUAGCAAAGCAACCAAACACAACUCACCCACUCUCUUCCAGCUGCCGCUUGUUUGUGGGAGAGCCUUGAAAAGUCGAUCACUGAUCUUAUGAUAAUUACUUCAUGGAAAUGCAAUCAGACCGAGAUGCUAAGGCAGAAGAACUGCCUCAUUUGCACUACACAUACAAGAUACAAAAGAACUCUGACUGCAUUUUCUUUAAGUAAUCCUCAUAAAUGUUCUUGCUUGAGUUGAGAAACUCUGCUUUACUCAGUGAUUGACUCGUCAGGGCUCCGCCAAACAAGUGGCUGCUGGAGGAGAGUGGGUGAGUUGUGUUUGUUCUCUUUGCUAAGGAAAUCAGACAAAGCUAAAAAGAUGUUUAAUGGCUAGUACUAUGGCUGGGACCCUAUAUGUACUGUAGAUGAAGUUAGGUUCUAUUCUGAGCAUUAUUUGUGGCUCUUUGGUUGAGGUUUGCGCGUGGAGACAUAGACCGCUGUCUGUUACUAUCAUGCAGUCGUUGCUGAAGUUGGUGUAACUAGAAAAGGAACAUUCAUCUCUCAAAGGGGUGUUUAACUUGGUGUUACGGUGUGUUUGAACAUGAUUUAAAUUUACCCCGGAGUAUCCCUUUAAAGGUCAGCUAUUAUGGCAUUUUUCAUCAAGUUUAAAUCAGUCCCAGAGGUCCCACAAUAGAAAAUUUGAAGUUUGUUGUGGAUAUUAGCCAGUCUGUACCCCCCUCAUUUUGAGCUCCACUGAGAACGGGCUGAUUCUGCGCCUGUACCUUUUAAUGAUAAUGAGCUGUGUGUAACCACGCUCUUCCUCCCCAAGGCCACUUUGAGCUGCCAGGAGCGGUGGUCUGGAGGUCUUCUGAGGACUUCUUUAGAGGACCUCCAGACCACUGCGGCUGGAAGCACCAGACUGCGUCCGCGCCCCCGAGGAACACCUGCUGCUUACAGGGGGUGGGGGUGGGGGGGCUGUUGGCUCCGAGGGGAUGUAUAUUAUUGGUAGAAAAAAAACAACAAAGAGUGGAUUUUUCAUAAUAGGGGAACUUUAAAGCUUGUCUCUGUGCUUGUCCACGCGGAACUCUAACAGGCUCUAACUCGAUGAGACCUGGUGACAGAUAGUACUUGGGAAAGCGCCCCUCUCUGACUGGAAAAGGUGAUACGUGAAAAUUUCCAGUUCAUUGACCUGUAAUAAGAUACUUGACAAACACGCUGGUCUGAAAGGGACAAGCUGGUCAUGAAUGAUAAUGCUAAUGAAAUUAAGGCUUUCAGUAGGAGCUUCCAGGUCUUUGCCUCCUGAGAACACACACACACACACACACACACACUUUGUUUUGUUAUAGAGUGGUCCUGGCUGGCUGCCCGGUGCUUGAUUCACCGUCUACUGGGACAAACCAUUCUGUCAAACAGUGAGGGGUGGGGGGUGUGAAAACAACAUGUCACAGUAUACACCAGUAACCAGUGUGUGUGUGUGUGUGUGUGUGUGUGUGUGUGUGUGUGUGUGUGCAUGCGCGACCCCAGACAAAAGCAUUCCCAGGCUUUCGUUGGUGUAAACUCUUGAUAUACAGUAUCUUUGUUUAUUCUGUGUUUGUAUAAAGAAGGGUUGGACAAAAACUCUCAAGUGAUGACCCCUGUUGCUACGGCAACAAGGACAAGACUCCAGCAUGGGUCCGAGGCUCAGGGGCCCCCAAUAUCACCAGUGUGGAUGCCAGUGUGGGAAUGCCAGAGCUGUCCUCCUCCCUCCUUGUCCCUCUCUCUGUCCUCUGUUAACUCACACAUGCACACACAAGAACAGAGCUGAGGGGCUGCAGUUUGAACACAAUUGCCCCCAAUGCCUCUUUUCUGUGGGGACAACCCUUAAGUGCCGCUUUAUUUAAAGAAUGAGAUGUUUGUGGUACACAGAAGCUGCAUCAGUUGAACCUUUGAUAAAAAGUCAAAAGAUGCUCCUCAGUAAGUUAAACUUUUGUUUUCUGUGUUUGUCUUGUGUGUCUGUGUGUGAUUGUUUGUUGUGUUGUGUGUCUGUGUGUGAUUGUUCGAUUUGUUGUGUGUCUGUGAUGAUCCUGAAGUUCUCUAAAGAAAAGUUCUGGUUGGAACCGCCUACGGAGAAACUGAAGAAGCAGCUGGAGGAGGAGCUGAAGCUGAGCAGCGGCAACCUGAAGAGCCAUGCCUGGUACCAUGGACCAAUCCCUUGGGAGGUCAGUGUCCAACAUUCACAUACACACACAUACAUGUUUUUGAUCCUAAAUGAAGACAACUUUUUGUGGAUUAACACUUCUUCUUGUAUAAUUAAUGAUGCUGAGUAAAAAAACUGGAUGUAUAGAUAAUUCCCGUAACCCACAAUGUUUGAAAUGUGUUCUCAGGUGUCGGAGAGCCUGGUUUGUAACCACGGUGACUUCCUCAUCAGAGACUCUCAGUCCAGUCAUGGAGACUUCGUCCUCACGAGUCACUGGGAGCAGAAAACUCUUCACUUCUUGAUCAGGAAGACAGUGCUUAAGUCCCGUGAGACAUACACGAGGGUCCAAUUCAGCCUGGAGGGUGAGGCCUUCGACUCUCUACCCGCUCUUGUACACUUCUAUGCGGGAAGCAGAGCGGCUUUGACUCUGUGGAGCAGAGCUCAGAUCCACAGGCCCGUGAACCGAACACUACCUCUUAGCUACCUGGAGAUUACACCGUUCUGCCACAGGCAGCAGAAUGGCGAGGGAAGGGUCUGCCCCAAGAGGUGAGGGGUCACUAAAAUGUACUCUUCAAUUUUAUUUGUUUAAUUUGUUAAACACUUCUGGGGGUUGCAGGAGUGCUCUCAAGCUCUCAAAUAGUCAGUUCAUCUUCACCAGUGUACACCAGCAAAUAUCAGUCGGGGUUGAGUUUUAGGUUCUUUAAUGUUCAGUCUACAUAUGCUCCCAUUGUGAAGAAUCAUCUAAAAUCAACAUCUCCCUCAUCAACAUCUCAGAUUUUGCUGCCCCUCAGUUCCCAACACCUGGCAAACACAACCCGAAUUUCAGCAAACACAUAAAUUCAGUUGUUAGGUGUUCUAUAUCCUGGAACUUCUGGACCCUUAUAGUACCAGAAGACCCCUCAGAUCCUUCAUGUGGGGCUUAUUAUCUGUGCUCCAUUUAAGGAAGUCGGUUAUGUUUAAUCUUUUAAAUGUGUUUCUCUUAUUUUUAUUUGAAGUCUUUUUUUAACAUCUUUAUACUGCUUUUUGCAGAGUUUUUAGACUUUGAGACAACACUUCAUUGAGAAGCAACAGAACACACACACACAGCUCUCCUUCUUUUUAAUAUCAUUUUAUGCGUCUAAGAAAGUAAAGACUGAAAAUAAGGGGCUCUAUUUUUGUGCCUGCCGGCGGCACGGCGGAUGGUGGCGCAGCCCGCGCAGUGGUAUUUUCGUCUGGCGGAGCGCGGCGCACAGCCAGUUUGGCAUUUUCAUAGACUGAGGCCCCCAAGCUGGGCAUGGUGGUGCGGCAGGGGGAGGUGUCGACAGAGUCAGCUGGUGCAGUGACAUUUUUGUGUGCGCCACUGGCGUUGAAAGUGUGCUGAAAGCUUGCCGAUUCAAACCUGGUCAGCUUUUAGCGCAGGCGGAGCGCAGCUGGUCUAGUGGCAUUUUGGUAGACCAGCGGCGUAGUGCGCAUACGUCACCAAUGCCUCACAGGCAGUUUCAACAGUGUCAGGCACAUUUCAGUGCAAUAAAUAAUCAACAACCAAUAUUCAGUGCAACUUUCUAAGUCAGUAAACACACUUAGAUCUAUAUUGAUAUAUUCUGAUCUAUAUCUUAUAUAAUGAGCACAUUUGGCACGCGUUUGGACACACAACCUGACCUGAAUCAACACAGCUGAAACCACAUUAAAUUAAAUAUCCGGUAAACAGUCACACAUGAUGAAGAUAACAAGAUAUUUAAUUUGUCUCCCCCCUUUUUUCCCUUCUUCCUCGUGCAGUGCGACCCAAACAAGUCUCCAUAUCCUCUCCCAGUCCUAUUGCUGCUGCGGCGGCAAGGCUGAACAGAUGAUUUAUUUUAGUGAUCAGAUGAGUUAUUUACUUUGAAAAUUAAAAAAAAAAAAAAAAAAAAAACUUUUAUUCAAAAUUACCUGUUUAUCUGAUGUUCUUACAUCCUUAAAACUCUGUGAAUAUUCAUCCAGAGUCAGGCCCACAUACGAAUGUUAUAAUAUUCAGUUGCGUCAAGUUUAUUUUAUAUGCCAACAUCUAUGAAAGAAAGAGCCAGGCCACGGAGCGCAAUGCGUCAUUUACACACAGGUGGUUCUGAUUUUAAUGCCAUUAUUGGAAUUUCUGUUGUGAUCUGUGUGCACAACCCACCUUUGUCAUGUGGGGUCUAAAUUUAUGCAACUUUAUGUGAGUGUCUUUAUUUGUGGAAAAGGGUGAUUGUCUUACCAGUGGGUCCAACCUUACACACACCAAAUCCCUCUGUGCUUAUUUGAGAGAGUGUGGAGGACGCCGUCCGCAGCGCUUACAGCGACACUUGUUAAGGGGCUGCUUUUGUCGCCAUUGCGUCGUAUUGCUGUCAUCAGACAUCUCUUGAUCUCUUCGACUACUGCACGAAAAUUGUAAUACGCCUCGCCGGUGGCGGAUUUAAAGGUGAGGAGAGGAGCUGAUGUGCUUGGUGAAAACAGGUAUCGGCUGUGUUGAAACCACUGCACGCCUUCUCUCUUCCCUCUCUACUACUUACGCCACUGGGAGGAGCUGAGUUAGGGAGGGGGGAUACUUACACUGGGCUGCACCACUCACCAAAAUACCAAGUGUGCUUGGGCACGCCUCGUCGGCACGGCAGACCUGACUUAAGCUGCGCCUGCGCCACCCCAGCGGCGAGGCAUGAAAAUAGAGCCCGAGGUGCCAUUUCCAGGGUCAGGAUAACCAUCAGUCUCUUUCUUUCUUUAUUCAGUCCUUCCUCUAUUCACCACCAGGGGGCAGAAGUAAACGGGGAGCAGGAUGAUCAGCCGGUGCUGACUGCAGGAGACUCCUCUCUUUCUAUCUCACACAGUCCCAGUGAGUUGUAAAAAAACUUUGCUUUAUUUUCUCAGACUGUUUUUUUUCCAUAAAAAUAGUGGGUUUUUUUGGGGUUUUUUUUAAGCAGAGCUGCUAAGGUUGAGUAUGGUUAUUUAAUUAUACCACCUGCUUGUGUGCUGAGUGUGCAAUUCAUGUUCUAAUUUCAUCCCAGAAAUGAGAAAACAGGAGCUAGAACUAAUAUGGUACUAUCAACAGAGUGCAGAUCUCCUCCAGGCGCAUCUGUUGGAGUAUGAAGGGCAGUAACCUUCUUACCACCCACACUUGACCCAAUCUAGGAAAUGAUUGAUUUUGUGUAUUUGUGACACCUUGCUCCCAUACUUUUGGGGUAUGAAACGGUCUGCAGGUGCCGUCUUUCAAAACGAGAUAACACUUGUAAAAUUUUUUACGUGCCUUCUUUGGGUGUUUUUGAGCAACAACAAGGGCCAAAAUGUGUACUUCUACAGAGUUGGUUAUUCUUGAUGUCUUAAAGCCUGGAGGAGAACCAGACACGACUGACCAAGAUUUAGGGCAAGACUUUAUAACUUAAGCUUAAAAAAAAUUGGACACUGUGUAAAAUAUCAAUAACAGAUGAAAAAAAAGAUUUGUAAACCAUUUCAGUCUGCAUGUAAAUAAAAUGGUGCAAAGACAUCAUCAGACAUCAACUGCUGAAACUGAAAAAUACUGUUUAAUAAAAAUGUGGUAAUUUCAAAUUUGAUGCCAGCACAAAGUUUCAAAGCUAAUGCAGUGACUUAUACAACAGAGUCCUGUCUGUUUCUAAUUCAGUGCAUUAAAUACACUGACACCUAAGUACACUAACGUAAUUAAUCAAUUAUUAUCCAGCCAGAGUAUGAGAAAGUCAGAAACAAGUGUCUGUACAUCUAAAAAUUGUAUUUUGUUUUAUUUAAUUAAACCCAUGAAAAGAGUAGAAUGGAGGAAAAUAGAAUAAUCUUUCUCCCCCCACCCCCUUCCCUUCAAAUACAAUACAAGUCAACAGAGUUAACAUCCCUAUAUUCAAAGAUAGAAUCGUAUAGAACCAGAAACAUGGACAUUGUCAUCAAGUCAUCAAAGAAGGUUUGUGGGUGCAUUCUGUUAUUCUGUCAUUGACCUCCCGAAAUUAAAAGAUUAAAAGAAGUAAACAUGUACUUCCUGCCCCCAUAGGCAUUAUAUAUAGAACUGCAAAACAUAGAGCAUAUCUUGAAUUAUAUUAUUUACUCCUUUUUGGCUUUGCCCCUUGAGAACAACCUCUGCCACAAAAACUUAAGCAAAGAAAUAAAAAGGGUCAAUAUAAGCAAGACAAUAGCAGUCAGAAAUGCCAUCACGUCAAUGGAGUGGUACUGGAUAAAGGACAUCUUGUAGGACUCCGUGCGGAGAUGUCGAGCUCCUUUGUGCCUCAUGACAAACUCAAUCCAGAACAUGGCCCGAUCCAGAGGUUUCAUUGGCUGAUCCCUCUGCAGGUUGGACAGUGUCCUCAUCUUGUUCCUGUAGGAUGGAUCGUGUAGAACCUCCUUCACUGCCUCAAGAAAGUUGUCUUUGUCCACUGUUGCAAUGUCCAAAACUUUUGCAACUCCUCUCACUUCCAUCCUAAAGAAGUUGUCCUGCUGGUCAAACAUGAGGGGGAGGCCAACAAGAGGGACACCAUGGUAGAUUGCCUCCUGUAGUCCAUUGGUUCCUCCAUGGGCCACAAACAGUCUGGUCUUGGGGUGACCAAGGAGGUCAUUCUGAGGGAGCCAGUCCAACAGCAAGGUGUUGUUCCCCAAGGUGGAUGGUCUCUUUCCUUUGUGCUUCCAGAUCACCUUCUGAGGAAGUUGGGCAAAAGCAGCAGCAAUGUCCUCGGUGAUGUCCUCAGGAAGUUUUUCCACCAGAGUUCCCAAAGUCAUGAUGAUGACACCAUGUUCACCAGAACUCUGGACAAAGUCCUCAAGCUCCUUGGACAGGGGUUUGGAGGGUUUGCACUGAAAUCCUGACAUGUAGACAACAUUUGGCAUAGUGGGUCGUGGGAACUCAAAGAUGAAGUCAUUCCUCAUGAGCCAGAUGUCUGCAGACUGAAACAGCUCCAUGUAAUGUAUGUCCUCACCAAAGUAACGACGGACAAAUGGUUUGUAGUUUGGAUCUGUGACAUACAUUAUUUGCAAUCGUGUAAAGAGAAAGAUCAGGAUAUUUUUGACCCUUUGGAAAAAUGUCAUUUUAUCUGUUAGCAUUCCCAUUGGUAAUGGGACAUAGGAUAGUGGAGAAGGUGCAAUUGCGUAAUGUCCUUCACCCUGAAUUGUCCACCUAACAUUCAAGACAAGAGGAAGACCCAAACGGUGACUCAGAAGAACCCCUGCACCAAUACCAGGAUCCGUCAGCACUAAAUCAUAUUUGGCAUCAUGCAGGCUCUGCAUCAGUUUAGCAUCCUCAAACAUCACUUCCAUCAUUUGGAGCAGCACCUUGUGCAUCUCAUAGAACUGGUUUACCACUUCGUACUCCAGAGACAGACGAGCCCAAAGUGAAGCACCCUGCCUUCUCAUCUUGAUCAUUGUGGAGACAAAAUCUCCAAAUUGCUCUUCAUCAAAUCCAGCUGAUGAAUUAAUAGUGAUCGACUUGUAGAGAGGGGACUCUGGCUUUAUAUACCAGCUGUCUAAAGGCCGGAUCACUGUGAUUUCAUGUCCUCUGGAGUGAAGCUCUUCAAUAAUGACUUUCAUAUUGACCCAGUGGCUUCCAUCCAAAGGGAACACCAGGACUUUCCCACUGUUUACAGGACAUGAUGAGCAGAGUAGCACUGCAAGCGUCACCAAGGUCCUCAGGUACAUCUCUGAAAGCAAACAUGCCAGGAGAAUGAGUAUGUUUGAUCAGUCUUUGAAAAGAAGGUCUUGCAAUUUUAAGGUUUGGCUCAACUUUGAUGACACUUGAUAUAUUUCUUUAAAAAAUCUUUAAGACCAGCCUGGCUGUCAAAGGAAUGUUUGCAGCAAAAAUACAAGGUUCUAUCAGAAAGCAUCCACAGAUUCAUCAUUGAUCCUUAAACUAAAACCUGGACAGCAUCUGUGCCUGCAAGAGGUCACCGAUUGAUGAAACCAACAGAACCACUUGAUCUGCAAAAAGACAGAAUUGGAAGAGGGAUUGAAAUACCCUAAUGACAUCCUGGUGUUCAGACACCAUAGAUCAAGUUGUAAUGAUGGUAAAGUGUUAGGAUGCCAGCUGUUAUCAUGACUGAUAUUUAUGUUAUAUUUUUGAGGAUGUUCUCUAAUUCUUGUAUCUUGUAUGUUGGUUAAUGGGAAAAGUUUUCGCCAUGUUGGUGUAGCGAUUUGAAUUCAAAAUAAAUCUCCUAAAAUAAUGGAAUUAAAUUAUGACAUUUAUGCACUCGUUGAAGGGGCACCACCCACCACUCUGGUGGGAAAAAGACCAAACAAAGUUCAAUUGAGUAAUCAAACGUUGAAUCAGUUAGAUUUAAAUCAAUCUCUCAUCUGAGGCCGGAACAAAUGCUAUAUGAUAACAUAACUUCAAUAAAUGAUGAUCAAAUAAUGAGAAAAUAAAAGAACAUCUAAUGAAUAAAUGAAGGAGUGGUUUGAACUGAACCUAAGACUGGAGGUUAAUGAUAGUGAGUGAAUAAGGAAAAAUUUAACCUAUGUUAACGGGGUUACAAGGAUAAAUUUUAAAGAGGAAUUUGGAGAAACUAAACUAUAAUGAGAAAAAUAAGCUACUGAACGCUUGACAGCAUCACCCAGUUGAUACAGCAGUUUCGAGGAGAUUGCCUACUUUUGAUGUCGGUUCUCAGAGGCACUCUUGGAAUGGAUCAGCUGAAGUUCUGUGGCUACCGGACCGGAUGCUGAAGGUUCGGCGGGGAGUUCUCUGCCGUGAAUGGGUCUCAGGCUUCAGGACCGUGUCAGCGCCGUUAGAUACUUCAGUUUUCUUGGCCUCUCAGAACUGGGUGGCAAACGCAGCUCGGCAGAUAAUGCUGGUCAGUCCUCCGGGCAUUCGGGACUAGCUUUAUUGCAGAUUAAUUCGUGCCGAUAACUUAAGAAAAUAAUUUCGUUGGCCAGCCGAUAUUAUCUUCAGGAGUCACUUUAGCGAACUAAACAAAAUAAAAGACUUAGACCGAGGUUCUCUAUGCGUGCCGCUAAUUACUGAUGCUUAAAGAGAAACUUGGGCAUGGUUUCAUCCAAGUUUCUGGAAAAGUCUGAGCUUAAGGCAAAUAAUAAAAACGCGGGGAAAAAUUACAAGACGAUGAUCAGAGACAAAAACGCUAAGACGUUAAAACAAGAAGAGGGUCAAAAAACAAGCGAAACAAGCCUGAGGGCGGCAAAAGCUCAACUCUUUAAAGCAGUUCUCGUGGGGCAUGAACCAAAGGGGGGGGGGGGGUAAUGCAAUCGUUCUUACCCAUGCAAGUCCGUCGACUGGCAGCGAAUUAAACUUAACUUGAUAGUAAAAGCGAGCUAGAUCUAAUUUACUCACUCACUAUGAUUAAAGCCGCUUUUUUAAAAUCACAUAUGAUCACAUUUCACUUCAUUGUUUCUUAUGAGCAGAUGCAUUAAACCAUAAAAUUUAACGUAAAGUAAACUUUGAUCAGCCGUUUUUUUGACAAUCUAUAACCAGAGGAUUAACGACUCUCUGAAAGUAAGAGGGGGGCAGAAAACCAAAUUAUCUAUUCGAACAGAAACACCAACAAGCAUAAGAAACACAUACGUGACACAACUUAACAACAAUAUAACCUUGUCGAUUGAUACUUAGUAAAUGAUUAACAUAUAUGUUCGGUUGAGGUAGAUAAAACAUAGCCUUUAUACAUUCAAACACUCUUAACUCGAGUAUAAAAGAGUUUUCAGUUACUUCUAAAAUUGCUAACCUAUCUUUAGAAUACCAUUUACUAAACUACAGGUAUAUAAAAAAAAUGCACAUAAUUCAAUGAAUACAUAUUUGGUUCAGACCAAACCAUAUUCAGACAACACCACCAGGAGGAGCUCUUGGUCCAUGGAAAACCUGGAAUAAAUUUGUGAAGUUAACAGUUUGGCUUCUAGACAUGCGAGACAAAUGGGACAAAGACUGUUUCAUUGAUGAUGUGGUGUACAGAUAGAAAAUCCUUUUCAGUCAUUCUCUUCCUUCUGCACCUAGAGAGAGUCACAGGAAAAACGGUCAUUCAGAGAAUUUAUGGCAGGGGCCUGUUCCAGGGAUUGGCGCCAAAAUGCAGCCUUGGAGAGCUUUCUCAUGAUCUUUUGGGUCAAUCCUUAAACUGAGGUGUCAACUAUGAGCUUUUCCAGCCAAGGUGAGAGGCUGAAUGUUUAUUCAGUCUGGGGGUCCUGUGCUUGAUAAGCAACUUGUCUCUUUGAAGUGUAAAAGAUUCACUAUCAACCUUUUGGGAAGAGGCCCCCCCUUGGUUCUGUCCUGGAUCGUAAACAGCCAUAACUUAGGUGUGAAACAUUACUCUCAUUUCCUCUCCUAAUCGGGGGAGCCUGCAUUCCUUCAGUGGGUGAAUUAAAGAUGAACAAAGCAGAAAGCAGUCGUCUUGUUACAUUGGGAUAUUGUGGGGUCCUUUGUGCAGCACAGACUCUAUAUAAAUGUGCUGUUAAAUAACUAACUUUGGUUAUUUUUUUUGACUGCAGCAUAUAAGAAAAGUAAACACAUGAUAAAGUUUGUUUAUGUAUUUAAACCUAAGGGGUAAUAAUGGGCAAUUAACAAUUUCCUGCUUUUAUUUAGUUUGCCACACCAAAAUUUGUCAUGUAUGAAAUAAAACAACCCUGUUUAUUUCCCAAGUUUUUUAUUGCUCUAAAAAAUUGUUAAAACAACACAUUUUCUAAUGUAUGAUCACACAAUGAUGGCAUUGUAUUAAUACUAAAAAUUGUAACAAUAUGUUAAAAACCAGCUCAGUCUCUGUGACAUUUGACAGUUUAUGUUUCUGCUUUUGAGGGAUCAGGAACAAUUCAUACAGUAUUUACAUCAUUCUUUUUUGGCUUUGCUUUGUGAGAAAAUUAUCCUCAACAAAAACUUUACCACAGAGAGAAAAACUAUUAUAAUAAGCAAAAAGAGUGACACCAGGAAUGCCAUCACAUCAAUAGAGUGGUACUGGAUAAAGGACAUCUUGUAAGACUCAGACCUCAGAUGUCGAGCUCCUUUAUGCCUCAUGACAAACUCAAUCCAGAACAUGGCGUGGUCCAGAGGUUUCAUUGGCUGAUCCCUGUGCAGUUUAGACAUCAUAUUCAUCUUGUUCCUGUAGGAUGGAUCGUAAAGAACUUCCUUCAGAGCCUCAAGGAAGUUGCCUUUGUUCAAAGCUGCUAUGUCCAGGACUUUGGCUACUCCUCUUGCUUUCAUCUUGAAAGCAUUCUCUUGCUGGUCGAACAUGAGGGGGAGGCCAACAAGAGGGACACCAUGGUAGAUUGCCUCCUGUAGUCCAUUGGUUCCUCCAUGGGCCACAAACAGUCUGGUCUUGGGGUGACCAAGGAGAUCAUUCUGAGGGAGCCAGUCCAACAGCAAGGUGUUGUUCCCCAAGGUGGAUGGUCUCUUUCCUUUGUGCCUCCAGAUCACCUUCUGAGGAAGUUGGGCAAAAGCAGCAGCAAUGUCCUCAGUGAUGUCCUCAGGAAGUUUUUCCACCAGAGUUCCCAAAGUCAUGAUGAUGACACCAUGUUCACCAGAACUCUGGACAAAGUCCUCAAGCUCCUUGGACAGGGGUUUGGAGGGUUUGCACUGAAAUCCUGACAUGUAGACAACAUUUGGCAUAGUGGGUCGUGGGAACUCAAAGAUGAAGUCAUUCCUCAUGAGCCAGAUGUCUGCAGACUGAAACAGCUCCAUGUAAUGUAUGUCCUCACCAAAGUAACGACGGACAAAUGGUUUGUAGUUUGGAUCUGUGACGUAGGAUAUUUGCAAACAUGUAAAUACAUAAAACAAAAGGUUCUUGACUCUUUGGGAAAAUGUCAUUUUAUCCGUCAGUUCUGACCCUGGCACUGGGACAUAGGAAAGAGGAGAGGGUGCAAUUGCAUAAUGUCCUUCACCCUGAACUGUCCACCUUACAUUUAGGACAAAAGGAAGACCCAAACGAUGGCUCAGCAUGACCCCUCCUCCAUGAAAAGGGUCUGUAAGAACCACAUCAUAUUUGGUAUCAUGCAGGUUCUCCAUCAGUUCCUUAUUCUCAAACAUCUCUUCCACCAUCAACAGAUUCUGUCCAAACAUCUGAUAGAAAUGCACCACCAAUUCAUACUCCAGAGACAGACGAGCCCAAAGGGAUGCCCCCUUUCGCCUCAUAUCAAUCAUUGUUGUUACAAAUGAUCCAAAUAUGUCUUCAUCAAACCCAGCAGAGGAGUUUACAGUGAUAGACUUGUAGCAAGGGGAUUCUGACUUGAUGAACCAGCUGUCAGAUGGUCGCAAUACUGUGAUCUUGUGUCCUCUGGAGUGCAGUUCUUCAAUAAGGACUUUCAUAUUGAUCCAGUGACUCCCAUCCGCUGGAAACACCAAGAUUUUCCCUCCAUAUACAGAGGAUGAAGAGCAUAUCAGCACUGCAAGAGCCAGCAGAGUCAGUUGAUACAUCUCUGAAAGAAAUCAUGAAGAGAUGUACGGAUGUUAGAUCCAUCCUUCUGAACAAGUUUUUUAAAGUCUUGUGAUUUACUUAAAGUUCUGCAUAUACGGAACUCAAAGACAGAUAACAGAUCUAAAGUCCUAAAUCUUGUAAAGACACUUUACCCUUAUCACAGCUCUUGUUGCUGUUAGAGUUAAAAAAAAAAAAAAAAAAACCUCCAGAGCCCUUACCAGUCAUGGCCAAAUGUGUCAGUCUUCAGAAAGCUGUUUGGUUAGUAGUUUAUAUAAUGAUAUGACCAUCUAAGUCCCAGUACUUCCUAAGAGAAUUAGAAGCAAUUUAAUUAUUUACUCUGAACUUCAAUUGAAUUAAAACAUCAUGCACCUUCUUGCUUGCUAGUUUUCAUUUCAAAAACCUCUUGACAGCACAGUAAAGCCAGAAUAAUAUGCACUUUUGGGUCCAACAGAAUUGAAUGUUCCCACAGUAUUUCGAGUUUGAACUUUCACAUUGUGAGCUAAGCAUACAGGUGCUGCUAAUCAUACUGACGUCAGCAGGCAGCCACAUCACAGAGGAGCGCUAUUUUAGAGAGUGAAAAACUUAAUCGAGUACUGAUAAUCAGUCUCAGAUUAAUGUUUACUUAUGUCCUCAGGUUGGCGUGUUGUUACCAGUGUUUGAACCUCACUGUCACAGUGUUAUCCUUUAAAAAAUAUGCUAAACUGGUAAGGAAUGCUAAACAUUGUGAAUGUGGAUUACUACAAAACCAUAAGCUCUGGGGCUACGUGGUGGUGCAGUGGGUUGGGCUGAUGCCUCACGAAAGGUUCCUGGUUCGAAACAGAUGUCUUCCUGUGCAGUUUGUAUGUCCUCUCCAUGCUCGGGGAGUCCAUUGCUCACUCUAAGAUGACGCUAGGUCUGAGUCUGUGCUUAUAUAGCUGUUCAACUCUAUGUGUCUGCCUGACCCCCCUCUGCCACCAGUUAGAUGGACAGAUAGUUGGACUUGACUGUUGCUGUCUUUGCAGGUACCUGAUACACUGAUAAAGGCUUCAUUCAUGCGGUUUCUUUUUCUGGUGCAUGUAUUUAAACAAUUAUAAUAUCUUUGCAUGAUAUUUCUGGUCAAUUUUUGGUUGCAAUUGACUUCACAUGCUGGGUUAAUCUGAUUGGUUGUGUGUCCUUACAGUUACUUUUUGACCAAUGCUAUCACCCCCUUGAAAAACAUGUGUUUCUGGCCAAACUUCUUGAUAUCACUUAUUGCAAGACAAUGAACCAUCUUCAGUUGUUCUGCAGUAAAAUAGACCAAAGUUAGACAAAGCAAUAAUAUGAAAGACAUAGUUACACAUUUUUAUUCACAACAUUCACUCUUUUUUCUGAAUAAGUCAACAGUGUUGUAUCAUCAUUCAGAGACAUAAGUAGCAGAAAAACAUCUCUAAUCCCCAGUGGUAUAUUUGUUUAAAUAUUUUCACAUAAAUCACAUCACUAACUAAACGUGAGAACAUAAAGAAGGAAAAAAAAGGAUAAAGAAAUAAAAAGGAUCAAUACAAGCAAGACAAUAGCGGUCAGAAAUGCCAUCACGUCAAUGGAGUGGUACUGGAUAAAGGACAUCUUGUAGGACUCCGUGCGGAGAUGUCGAGCUCCUUUGUGCCUCAUGACAAACUCAAUCCAGAACAUGGCCCGAUCCAGAGGUUUCAUUGGCUGAUCCCUCUGCAGGUUGGACAGUGUCCUCAUCUUGUUCCUGUAGGAUGGAUCGUGUAGAACCUCCUUUACUGCCUCAAGGAAGUUGUCUUUGUUCACAGUCCCAAUGUCCAGGAUUUUGGCCACUCCUCUUACUUUCACCCUAAAGAAGUUGUCCUGCUGGUCAAAAAUUAGAGGGAGGCCAUGGGUGACCAAGGAGAUCAUUCUGAGGGAGCCAGUCCAACAGCAAGGUGUUGUUCCCCAAGGUGGAUGCUCUCUUUCCUUCGUGCCUCCAGAUCACCUUCUGAGGAAGUUGGGCAAAAGCAGCAGCAAUGUCCUCAGUGAUGUCCUCAGGAAGUUUUUCCACCAGAGUUCCCAAAGUCAUGAUGAUGACACCAUGUUCACCAGAACUCUGUCCUCAAGCUUCUUGGACAGGGGUUUAGAGGGUUUGCAAUGAAAUCCUGAUAUCUAGACAACAUUUGGCAUUGUGGGUCGUGGGAACUCAAAGAUGAAGUCAUUCCUCAUGAGCCCGAUGUCUGCAGACUGAAACAGCUCCAUGUAAUGUAUGUCCUCACCAAAGAAACGACGAACAAAUGGUUUGUAGUUUGGAUCUGUGAUAUACCAAGUUUGAAAACAUGUGAAGAGAUACACUGAAAAGUUCUUGACUCUUUGGGAAAAUGUCAUUUUAUCAAUCAGUUCUGACCCUGGUAUUGGGACAUAAGAGAUGGGGGAAGGAGCUAUAGCAUUAUGACUCUCACCCUGAAUUGUCCACCUAACAUUCAGGACAAGAGGAAGACCCAAACAAUGACUCAGAAGAACCCCUCCACCGAGAGCAGGGUCUGUGAGAACCAAAUCAUAUUUGGCAUCAUGCAGGCUCUGCAUCAGUUCUUAUUCUCAAAUAUCUCUCUCACUGUUAGGAGCAACUGUUUAUUUAUUUGAUUGGACUGCUCUAGGAGUUUAUACUCCAGAGACAGAGGAGCCCAAAGCGAAGCACGCUGCCGUCGCAUGCUGAUCAUUGCGGUUACAAAUGACCCAAAGUGUUGUUCAUCAAAUCCCGAGGAAGAAUUGAUGGACUUGUAGAGAGGGGACUCUGGUUUGAUGUACCAACUGUCCAGUGAUAGCAACACUGUGACUUCAUGUCCUCUGGAGUGAAGCUCCUCAACAAGGACUUUCAUAUUGAUCCAAUGGCUUCCAUCCAAUGGAUCCACCAAGAUUUUUCCUCCCUGUACCAAGUAUGAAGAGCAGAGCAGCACCGCAAGUGCCACCAAGGUUUGUCGGUACAUCUCUGAAAGAAAUCGCGUCAAGAGAGGUCAGGGAGGUGGAUCCAUCCUUUUCAACAGGCUCAUGAACUUAACCUUAACCUGACCCCUAAUCUUACCAAUGAACAACAGAACAGUAAGAACAGGAAAUCUGAUUGGAUUAAUUACUGAGGUACUAAGCUCCUACUCCAGAAAACAGCUAUCCAGGAAUAUCAGCCAACAGAGGCAGGACUUCAAGGAAAAGUUUCAACACCUCUUUUUUAAUGCUACGUGGACAGAUUUGAGAAGUAAUCCCUGUUAACUAGACAAUUAAUUGAAUGGUUUCAAAUGCACCCAAUUCACCCAUACAAAGUGACUACCAAGGCAGCAAACCAAUAAAGCAAGCUAUUGAGUGAGGGAAAAGAGGCAAUGAUGACCGUAAGGAUCAGGUUUCUGUUUUUGUACUGCAAAGUAAUCAUGCAGACACCAAACAGAGAGCAGAAAAGAGAGACAAUACAAAGAUGGAAAGGGGUCGUUUUUUAUUUUUCUGAGUCUGAAAAUCCCAACCUGAGGACUGUUGAUUCUGAAUAUACUAUGUUAAAGCCUUGUGGGUAAAACUAUGGGUAAAGUGUUUAUAAUGCAAUUCAAAAACAUUUGCAUAAGUUCAAAACAAACGCAGCAGCUGAGAUGAACUUCAAAUUAACAACUGCACUGACAGCAAAGGAUUUACAAGUACACAAAUUAUGCAAAGUUUAAGAGAACUGCAUGUCAAGACCAUUUGGUGGAAGACCUUCAGUCUUGUGAAGAUGCAAAGUGCAACAUUAGAGCCUGAUAACUUCCCGUGGUUGUUGGAGAAGUUACUACUUACUUACUGUAGACCUCUGAGCCUCACACCAGGUAGAUGUUAUCGCCAGCUGAGAGGCUCACUGUGAUCUGUAGCUGACUAAAGUGGCCUAGCAACAAUUACUGUAGCAAAGCUUCCUGUCCAUCAGUCAGUACAUUUACAUGACACUCGAGAAAAUCAAAUUAUUGCCUUACUCAGAUUAAGAACAGACAACUAAAGUGCAUCUAAACACCUUAGUCCGACUAUAAUCUGAGUUUGAGAACUGCGAUUGGAGUCAGAGACCUCUGAUUAAGACACCCAGAUAAUGCAAUUGGAAUUCGAUUUUCUCUACCAUGUAACCAGCAUAGUCAGAUUGGACAAUGCAUGUGCGCGUGUGCCACGGCCCUGUAGCCCCGGAACAUAAAGACCAGAGAAGAGGAGUAGCGUGUACCUCAUCUGCAGAAAAGUAGUGCAUACAUCAUCUAUGACAAAAACAACGCUGUACGAUGCUCCAUCUUCUGGCUCCAAAAUGCCCAGCAGCAGUUGUAGCCACUUCUGACUUCUGGCAUGGACCUGCUGUUGUUGUUGACAGUUGUCUGGGGUUGGAAACAGCGCCGCUGAAAAGACCCAUAUUGCCCCCUAGUUUUGGGGAAAAGGACACUUUUACAUCAAUAACCCGAUUUUUUUAGCUGCAUGUAUACGCGCACAAGGAGAGAUCCCAGAGAUACUUUGAAAAUCCCAAAGAAACUUGCACAACAUGGAUAGGAGAGUAUCAUUGGAAAAGUCAGUCUCAUUGUGAUCUUAUUUAAAGAGAGAACUGUCAACCCACUGUGUCUUGUGGUAUUUGAAGCUCUUUUUGGUAAAGUCACAAGCAAACUCUUUCUGAGCUAGGUCUGUCUGCUUUGAUAAAAAACCUUUGUUUGAUAGAGGAUACACCAGGGGCGGAUCUAGGAUUCUAGGCGAUCAGGGGCAUAGCCGUGAGGGUGCAGAUGCCGAUUUACUUUUUCCGCCUUUUUUUUGCUACCACGUUUUACCUCAGCUUACCACCGAUACAAAGAAUGCUUAAAAAUUCAGACCCUUUAAUGAUGCAAAUCUUUUACCACUAGCCUUGUUGAAGUCACUGUGCUUUCUGCCUCCAUCAUUGUUUACUUUCCUCGUGAAGCACGUAGCAAGAUCCGAGCAUGUAUCCGAGCGCUUUGUUAAGCUUUAUUAGCCUAUCAGAGGUACACAGGUAUGAUGAUUUGAUUCACCACGACUCCAGAAAUGAUUGAAAAACUACAGGAUGUUACAAAAUGACAUAUCUGCGCUCCCGGCUUAAAGAAUAGACAUGCACAACAGUGCCGCCAGCUUGGAAGGUUGAAAUACGUUUCACGCUUCUCCUGGCUUGAAGGGUUGAAAUACCAACAAGCACCCAGCUUUCCGAGUAGAAAUGCGCAGGUUGAAUGCGUACAUGCUGUCCCGGUUUGAAUGGGUUAAUAUUUGCUGUGGAGGCGCUUGACUUGUCGUUAGACGCUGGCAGUAGAGUAGAGGAGUAGUAACAGCCACUCGAGGGAAACGCUUCUUCAUCUGAACAGGAAGGCUACAGGCUGCUUUCCUGCGCAUGCUACCACUCUCUGGUGAACUCAAGUACUGCACAUUAAACUCAGACCAACUCAGAUCCGAGAUCUGGGGCUCUUGAGAAAACAAACGAGGCUUGAGCCUAAGUAGCCACCCCCUAGAUCCACCACUGGGAUACACAUUUGCAAAGCAUCCUAACUCCAUGAGUAUUUUCUGCCUCUACCUAAUCAGUGCUGAGAGAGCAGAUACUGUCAGAAUAAAGUUUCAGAGAUUUUCAAGGAUUUUUUGCAUAACACCAGGAUUCCUUGCAGCUCACCAACUGCUGCAUAACAACAUGGUGUAGGAAGUCCUGCUGCUAAAGCCCUUAAGGUUUACAAAGCUGUGUGCAUUAGGACCAUGUUCCCUCUCUUAGGUUUUUACAGCUUUGUGUUCUUGAACUUGUUUGGCUCAGUAAUGUGUGGUGUGGACUCAAAAUGAAUUUUUUUGGGAAUAGACUUUUGUAUUUAUGUACAAGUUCAAAGGUCACAGACACCUUUGCAUAUUGUGUCCCAAAAAGAAGAACCCUGACUCUUUGUAAAAGAGUUCAUACUCAGCCUCACAAAGUGCCUUAUACAAAUUUGAGACAUACAAAAAUAAUGUGGUUAGAAAAAGACCAAUGCACAGACUUUUUCAUGCACCAUUUUGAAUGGUUUUCUUUGCAAACUUUGCAAACUUAUACACAUUUCUGGAGACCAAAUGUAGUAAAAACAAGUGCCUGUCCCUCUGAAUGAGGAAAGAACAGUCUGACUUGGCAGAACUCUGACUCUGUACAGGAAACAUCUGACAGUUUUCCAAGUCGAUGUAAUCCAAAAUAAAUCUCCAAUGACCUAGCUCUAAUGUCACAGCUCAUUAUGUUUCUUGUGUUAUUAAUUUGCUAAUCCAGCCUUUGCGUUUUUAAUCUUAUGGUCAAGAAGCUGAACUUUGAGAAUACAAAGCUUGAUAAAGUCAGGUUGUUCAGCGCUAUCAUAAAACAGUCCUGUUGUUGAGGUUGUCAUUCGGAAACAUCUGGUAGUUAUUGUCUAGCUCUGUUGCAUACUGAGGCCAAAGCCCCCAUCUGCAAAUACUCUGAAUUUAGCCAAACACAGUCAUGGACAUAACUGUUACUGUGAUAUCCAACAUGAGACCAGAAACAUCAAAAAGAAUUUGGUAAAUUCACCACAGAUUCUUUGCUCUUCAAGCCCUAAAACACUUUUGGUGGUCUUUACUGUUUGAUGUCAACACUUACCGAGAGUGUCCGAGACAACAGCGUUCACGUGUCGAGACUUGUUGUUUGUGCGUCCAGCCCCCUUGCAGCACACAGCUGACUGACUGGGGUCCAGCUCUGGCUGUCUGAGCAGCUCAGAGGGCAUGGGUACUGAGGUAACAGGACUAAAGUUCAGAGAGAGACAGAGAGAGAGAGAGAGAGAGAGAGAGAGAGAGAGAGAGAGUGUGUGUGUGUGUGUGUGUGUGUGUGUGUGUGUGUGUGUGUGUGUGUGUGUGUGUGUGUGUGUGUGUGUGUGUGUGUGUGUGUGUGUGUGGGGAACAACAACAGGAGACACAAUAGUUACACAAGGCAGAGCUGAAUGGGUCUCAUGUGGCAAAGUCAGAGUUUGAACCUGAGAUGAAGUACUGAGAUAAGCCUGCUAGUAGAGAGCAAAGGUAAAUCAUCUUAGGAGACUGACAAAGGUGUUUGACCUAAAGCCUGCUUUUAUAAAAUGUCAUUGCAGAGAUUAGAAAGUGAACUUUUUACUGUUUAUUCAGUCCCAACAAUGGUGCGCAUGUUUUGGGUAAGCAUCUGUUUAUGUCCAGCCUGCAAGUUCUGCAGCAUAAAAUAAGAAUGAGUGGAUUUCAUCAUCUACUUAUGGAAGUGUGUUGCUGCCCUAAUAGAAAAAGGCUCAGUAUCACGUAAUUACGUGAUACUUGUGUUAUUUCAUGAUAUGAUAUUUUCACUUUAUAACAAGAUAAACGGACAAGAGGUAUAAGAAUAGAUUGAAAACAUUUGGAGAAUCAUGACAUCAAAAACAGGACCAAGGAGACCCAGAACUGUUGGGCAGCUGAAAGCCUCUAUAAGAUCUCCUGGGUUCACUAAGGCUUACAGAGUCCAUAUCCAACACCUAUUGAAAAAUAUAACAAAUUAAACUGAUAGUCAAGAGAAAGAGAGAACAGUCAGCUAAACUUCACACUGUGCUAUAUUCUCAGUCAUGAGCUGCAGCCAGUAUGAUGUAAGCUGAAGGUCACAACCGUGUAACCAAACAGAAGGGAACUAUGUAACCUCACUGACAUUAAGUAAAUAACCACAUCCAUGUACAGGCUGCCAUACGUAAAUCUAUUGGGUUAAUUCCUAGUAUCAAUACAAUCAAUUUAUUACGUUUUAAAACAAUAUUUGAUCGAUAUGUGUCAUCCAGAGGAUAAACUUGCUGAGCACAGAUUGAUGUUGUUAGAUCAUAGGAAUAUAAAUCAAUACAUCGAUGUUGUAGAUGAAUCGUUACACCCCUGCAUACUAUGAAAAGUUUUAAAUCACAAGGUAAAGGAAUUUUGUCAUAAUCUGAGAAAAUAGAUGUAAAUUGCUCAAAUCUUGGUCACACGCACGCACGCACACACACACACACACACACACUGUACUUCAAUCCCUCUCACUGAGUCCUACUGCCCCGAAUUCUCUCUGGCACAUUAAACCUGGUUUAACCAGCAGCUCAUUAUAGUCCUUAAUGAGACCAGCAUUUCCUCCUGUUUCACCAAUAUUCACUAAGGCCUACUUAAAUGUUUCAUAACCACAGACCCAGCUGCUGUUUGGGGAAAUAAAUGAGCCAUUUUUGAGUUCACUGUCUUAAAAGAUUAUUCCACAGUUUUUAACCUGUGCCCUGUUCUGAUAUUGUGUCUUAAACUGACUAAAAUUAUGUGUUCUCGUUAGAGACAAAUAAAUUGAGUGAAUUAACUGUUUUACAGGAGGAGGAUAAACAUGAAAGCACUAAAUCUUUCUGCAUCUAAAAGUCCCCAAGACCCUGAAUCUAGCAAAAACAGGGCAGGUUUUUAAACGUUUAUAUGACUGUCUGACCCGGGGAUUCCACCGCAUGCAGAUUUGCUCCACUCUGCCUUGGAAUGGCAGUAAGAUCAAACACGCAAGCAUACAGUUGCCACCGGAUCUGCUCCACUGCAGCAAGCGGAGGAGAAACACUUGCAAUAUUACCGAUAUAUCUAUUGAGACUGGCCAAGAUCUUGUGUGUUUCACCGUGAGACAUUGGGCUCUAUUUUCAUGCCUCGCCGCCAGGGCGGCGCAGGCGUGGCGUUUGUCAGGUCUGCCGCACCGAUGAGGCAUGCUCUAGCGCACUUUGGUACUUUGGUGAGCGGCGCAGCCCGGCGUAAGUAUCCCCCCUCCCUAACUCAGCUCUUCCCAGCAGCGUAAGUAGUACAGAGGGAGGAGAUAAGGCGUAGAGUGGAUUUAACACAGCCGAGACCUGUUUUCACCAAUCACAUCAGCUCCUCUCCUCACUUUUAAAGCUGCCACCAGCAAGGCAUACUACAAUUUUUGUGCAGUAGUCAAAGAGGUCAAGAGAUGUCUGAAGAUAGCAAUGCCACACGACGGUGACAGAAGGCAGCCCCUUAACAAGUGUUGCUGUAAGCCCUGCGGAGGGCGUCCUCCACACUCUCAAUUAAUCACAGAGGGAUUUGGUGUGUGUAAGGUCGGACCCACUGGUAAGCAGAGAUGGGAAUUGUGGAGUCAGCAAGUCAUCUCCAUGCCAUGUAUUUGUUCUGCUCUGCCACUGAACCAGGUGCUUCCAAUGAGCAGUCAGGAUGGUGAGCUCAUUAGUGAAGGCACCUGGUUCAGUAACUGAGCAGAGCAAAUACAUGGCAUGGACAUGACUUGCUGACUCCACAAUUCCCAUCUCUACUGGUAAGACAAACACCCUUUACUACAAAUAAAGACACUCACAUAAAGUUGCAUAUAUUUAAACCACAUGUGACAAAGGUGGGUUGUACGCACAGAUCACAAUUUGAUCACAAUUAAAAUCAGAACCACCCGUGCGUAAAGGAAGAAUCACGCUCCAUGACCUGGCUCUUUCUUUCUUAGAUGUUGGCAUAUAACAUGAACUCACGCAAGUGAAUAUUAUAAUGUUUGUAUGUGGGCCUGACUCCGGAUUGAAUAUUCUUAGAAUAUUAAGGAUGUGAGAACAUUAGAUAAGCAGGUAAUUUUGAAUGAAAGUUUCUAUUACUGUAUUGUUCAAAUUUUCGAAGUAAAUAACUCAUCUGAUCACUGAAAUAAAUCAUCUGUUCAGCCCAUAGACUGUAUAUACUUUGGACAACCUGGUUCCACAUACCGCCACGGAUUUGAAGCCAAAUAGCUCUCGGUAUUUCCGGGAUUUUUCUUCAUUUCCUGAAACCAGUGCUGUGCAGUAGCGUUGUGCGCAUUUGGCCACGCAGUCGCAGAGAGUCACUGUGAUGACACUCGGCUCAAACAGUGUUUCCCGCGGGUGAGCUAUGCAAUCCCUGAACGCCCAUAGGCUGUAUCAGGUGUCAAUCAUAGCAAACAUGAACCCUCUAAUAGAUUUUAAAAACGGAGCUUCACAGAAAAAAGAGGACGCACCAGUCUUACAAUAAUGUCAACAUCACAAGCAGGGGGGAGAAAAAUUUAUAUUCUGUGUAAUAAAUUUCCAAAGUUUGUCAACAGCUCCAUAAGCUUUGCUGGCAGAGGCGGGAUUUAUGACGUAUACUGCAGCCCAUCAACAGAGGGUGCCAUUCUCGGAGUGGCUUCACCCAGCGAUGAGGCAGACUCUGUCCAUUCUAUAUACAGUCUAUGGUUUAGCCUUGUCGCCGCAGCAGCAGCAGGACUGGGAGAGGACAUGGAGACAUGUCUGGUCGAGCUGCGCAAGGAAGAAGGAGAAUAAGGGGGGUGACAAAAUUAAUAUCCUGUUAACUUCAUCAUGUGUGACUGUUUACUGGAUAUUUAAUUUAAUGCAGUUUCAGCUGUGUUAAUUCAGUCAGGUUGAGAGUCCGAACACAUGCCAAACAUGCUCAUCAGAUAAGAUAUAGAUCAGAAUAUAUCGAUAUACACUCACCGGCCACUUUAUUAGGUACACCAUGCUAGUAACGGGUUGGACCCCCUUUUGCCUUCAGAACUGCCUCAAUUCUUCGUGGCAUAGAUUCAACAAGGUGCUGGAAGCAUUCCUCAGAGAGCUUGGUCCAUAUUGACAUGAUGGCAUCACACAGUUGCCGCAGAUUUGUCGGCUGCACAUCCAUGAUGCGAAUCUCCCGUUCCACCACAUCCCAAAGAUGCUCUAUUGGAUUGAGAUCUGGUGACUGUGGAGGCCAUUUGAGUACAGUGAACUCAUUGUCAUGUUCAAGAAACCAGUCUGAGAUGAUUCCAGCUUUAUGACAUGGCGCAUUAUCCUGCUGAAAGUAGCCAUCAGAAGUUGGGUACAUUGUGGUCAUAAAGGGAUGGACAUGGUCAGCAACAAUACUCAGGUAGGCUGUGGCGUUGCAACGAUGCUCAGUUGGUACCAAGGGGCCCAAAGAGUGCCAAGAAAAUAUUCCCCACACCAUGACACCACCACCACCAGCCUGAACCGUUGAUACAAGGCAGGAUGGAUCCAUGCUUUCAUGUUGUUGACGCCAAAUUCUGACCCUACCAUCCGAAUGUCGCAGCAGAAAUCGAGACUCAUCAGACCAGGCAACGUUUUUCCAAUCUUCUAUUGUCUAAUUUCGAUGAGCUUGUGCAAAUUGUAGCCUCAGUUUCCUGUUCUUAGCUGAAAGGAGUGGCACCCGGUGUGGUCUUCUGCUGCUGUAGCCCAUCUGCCUCAAAGUUCGACGUACUGUGCGUUCAGAGAUGCUCUUCUGCCUACCUUGGUUGUAACGGGUGGUUAUUUGAGUCACUGUUGCCUUUCUAUCAGCUCGAACCAGUCUGGCCAUUCUCCUCUGACCUCUGGCAUCAACAAGGCAUUUCCGCCCACAGAACUGCCGCUCACUGGAUAUUUUUUAUUUUUCGGACCAUUCUCUGUAAACCCUAGAGAUGGUUGUGCGUGAAAAUCCCAGUAGAUCAGCAGUUUCUGAAAUACUCAGACCAGCCCUUCUGGCACCAACAACCAUGCCACGUUCAAAGUCACUCAAAUCACCUUUCUUCCCCAUACUGAUGCUCGGUUUGAACUGCAGGAGAUUGUCUUGACCAUGUCUACAUGCCUAAAUGCACUAAGUUGCCGCCAUGUGAUUGGCUGAUUAGAAAUUAAGUGUUAACGAGCAGUUGGACAGGUGUACCUAAUAAAGUGGCCGGUGAGUGUAGAUCUAAAUGUAUGUGCUGACUCAGAUAAUUGCUCUGAAUAUUGGUUGUUGUUGAUUAUUUAUUGCACUAAAAUGUUCCUGACACUGGAAACCUGCCGACAAGGCAUCAGUGACAUAUGCAUACUAUGCUGCUGGUCUACCAAAAUACCACUAGACCAGCUGCGCGCCACCUGUGCUAAAAGCUGACCAGGUUUGAAUUGGCGCGCUUUCAGCACACUUUCCUCGCCGCCAGUGAGCACGAAAAUGUCACUGCGCCAGCUGAUUCUGUCGACACCUCCUCCUACCGCAUCACCACGCCCAGCUUUGCGCAUCUCAGUGCGCCUCAGACUAUGAAAAUACCAUACCAGCUGUGCGCUGGGCUCCGCCAGAAGAAAAUACCGCUGCGCCGGCGGGCACGAAAAUAGAGCCCAUUGAAUGAGAUUGGCGGUGUAGGCUGUAUAAACACCUACAUCCCACAACCCUGGCCCUCCCUAUUAUCACGUGAAGAACAGUUCAACGUAGUGUCUUAAUUUUAUUUUGAAAAGGAGCCGAUGCUGAUCAGGGCCAAUCUGCAGCGGAGCUGGGCAGUGGACAGAUUGUGUGGAAUUACUCAAGCAUUGGUUAUAAUGCUUGUGUAUUUGAUCUGCCUGCCAUUCCAGAGUGGAGAGGAGCCGUUCUGUAGCCUGUGGAAGUUAGCCAUGACAUGUUGUCCUGGUCUUCUAAGUUGGGCACUGUUCACACUUUUGAGUUUAUAAUUAUUCUAUCUUUCCUCCUGGUCCAGCCCCACUGUUCAGAAACCCGAGCAGCAGCUGUGCAGGCAGAGUGGCUCCCUCUCCGUCCCCCUCCAGGCAUUCAGAAGCUGUCCGACCCCCGCCCUCUCCAAACAGCGCCCUCCAAAGGCCGCUAAAUGACAGAGCCCAGCCCUCUCUGGACCAGGACUCCCCUUUCCCUGAUGGGAGCUGCUACACUGAGCUGUACCUGGGUCCUCAGAGCUAUGUAGGGAGGCUGCAGGUGGAGGACGGGUUGGUGGGUGUUGACCCACUGAGGGUGGAAGACGGGAAUGUGUACUUCUCGCCAGUGGUGGAGACGGUGUCGUCUUUCAAACCUUGCAGGUACAGGUCGGCGCUGAUGUCCAAAGAGAACAAACCUCUGGAGGUUUCCAUCCUGAGGAGGGUGAAGGAGCUGUUGGCUGAGGUCGACCCCAGGACGGCGGCCAAACACAUCACAAAGGCUGACUGCACGGUACUGUUCAAACUACUGAUGUUUACACUGGGAAAUUAAAUAAGGGCUAAAGGGACUUUUUUUUUUAAAUGGGUCUCUUCACUGGGGCUGACCUUUUAUGCAGAUAUCAGUUUAUACAGAGAUAGAAAUCCUCCUCAGAUCACCAACCAUUGGAGCUGGAGGUCUUUAGGGAGGACUGUGUUCCUCCUGCUUUUGCUCUAUACAGAUUAAAUUUGUAUUUGAAUUUUUAGUAUUUUGGGUUUAAAAUCCAGAAAUUUGCAUCUGUAAGUCAACAACCUUUGUGCAUUAUAUGAUAAGUUAUACAUAAAGGAGUAGACAGAUAAUUUUCUUUUUUUCAGGUGGCUCGGAUUUUGGAGGUGACUCCUGAGGUGCAAAGGAUGAUGGGAGUCAGCUCUGGGAUGGAGCUGCUUACGCUGCCGCAUGGCCAGCAGCUGAGACUGGACCUGCUGGAGAGGUGAGUCAGGAGUACAGACAGUGUAGGCCAAGUAUACAGGGGUCUACAGUUUCAGUCAUUUGGCAAUAUCUAAAGCUGCAUUUUUUCAAAUGUCCAGCAGAGGGCCAAGCAAUCUGAUUGUGUAGAAGUCACUAAGGAAAUGCUUCUUCUGCUCCUUUUCUUUUUUACCAUAAUUAACAUUUUCCUGAUGUGUUUGUUGUCUCAGUCUCUAGUUUACAGUCUUCUUCAAUACAGCAUGGUGUUUAUUUAGUAAUUUAUGGUCCAUUUAGAAUAACCAUGGCCAGAAGGCAGGGGAGAAUUUAGAGUUGGGUUCUUUCUGCAGAGGUGUAGGAUUGCUGUCCAACAGGCUAAAAAAAAUAUAUACUGAAACAUCUCCAAACCAGGUCACUGAAACUAACACCACCAUCUACAGUUCAUCCUGGGGUUUCCUCUCUGCUUUCUCCUGCAGGUUCCACACCACAGCAACCAUGUUGGCAGUGCAUGUGUUGGGCUGCACAGGGUCAACCGAGGAACGAGCCGGCCUGCUGCACAAAAUCAUCCAAAUCGCUGCAGAGCUAAAGAGCACCAUGGGAAACAUGUUCGGCUUUGCUGCUGUCAUGAGAGCAUUGGAGCUGCCGCAGGUGAACAUGCAUCCUAUGAUGUGGUCUUAUGUCUUCUUUGUAAUUAUUUCCCAUUGGUCACUUUUGAGGACUUGAAUGUUGUUCUUCCACCAUUGUUUAUGCAAUUUCGCUAAAACUGAACCCAGAAAAGGCCUAUUUAUGGGGCCAUUAUGGUUGCAUGGGCUGCUUAUUAUCAUUAUUGGUCCCUACAUCAUCGAGCCAACACUGCCAGCAUAUCAUGACCAAUUAAGUUGUCUGGCUCGGAGGACAGCUUGUUUUCACGAAAAUGAGAUUGUAGUUCAGUCUUCAUGACAGUGAUUAAAAAGAUGGGUGGGGUUUGUGACUACAUGUUUUCAUUAAUGGGUUAUUGACCUGGAAAGUCCAAGUCUGUGAAUAUCUUCUAACUUUACUUAAGUGUCAAAGCUGAAUCUAAGGAUGUAGUCUACUCUGAAGGCCCAGUCAGUCUUAAAAUGGUAGCGAUGGUCAGUAUCAUUGGUGCUUACUCCCAUUGGGGACAUGGAGCUGGAGGCAUACAGACAAGUCUCCACAUGCAUACAAAUUGCUGCAUGCAUUUGUCGAUCUUCCGCAGCAGGAGUGUAGCAAAAGUCAUGUGAAAGAAUACAUCUAAUCUAGUGGCCUGAUAUUCACAGAUCACAUGAUCUACGUAUACAGAGUAAUGUAUGCAUUUGCAGAUUUAUUUUACAAAUUUGUGGAUCUGGUUACACACACACACAAAUCAAAAUACACAUUUAUAAAUAAUUUUGCUACAACAAUUACCCCAUACCUAUAGUGCUUGGUUUAUCCACACUCAGCUCAUUUGGGCUCAUGUUAUACCACAGCAGUCCUCAUUAACUUCAUGAUUUAAUGGCACCUUUCUAUAGGCCUGGACGAUAUAGAAAAAAAGCAUAUCGAUAAAAAAUAAAUCAUAUUGAUCGAUAUCGAUAAUUAUCGAUAUAAUUAUUAUAAUUAUUUAACAUAUAUUUUAAUUGCAGCCCUGGAUGUUUUAUGCUAUUGCUUAAUGACCUACUUUUAAUAAAGAACAAGCACUGAAUUCAAAUUCAAACCUUUAUUCAACCACCCUUUUUAUUUUACAACUGAAAGUUUUUUAAAAAAGAACUAAAAAAAAAGAAAUCAACUUAAGUGGCCUGAGUGACGUCAGUAAAUACUGACAAACAUAAAGACUAAAGUGACCAGAAAAUCUGAUAAAUAAAUAUUUAAAUAGUCUUUUGAUGAAAAUAAACAAAACAAACAAAUAUAUAAAUAAACAGAAUAGCUUUAGGUGGGAAUAGCAUACUACCACUUCUAACUGUGUGGGAAACUGCCCACAGCCUGGUGUCUGAACACUGAAAUAUUUCUCCCGGGGUCGGGAGAUUUAUUUUUUUUAAUUAUCAUGUGAUUGACUUAAUACACAAACUAAGCACGCGAAGCAGGGCUUAUCCACGCCGGUGUUGUGUCGUAGAAUGCACCCCUGCCGAAUGCACCCCCUGCUAGCAGCCAUGAUCCAAAUACUCGCGUCUUUGUAAAAUAUGAGCUCAUUUUCUUCCACUCUAAGAAGCUAAUGAGUGGUCGGGAUGCAGGGAUGCAUUCUACAGCACAACACCGGAACGUAUUUCCUCCGCACCCUUCUCACCUUAUCAACCCCUGACCCAUUUUCAUGCCUGAAGCGCUGUGUUUGAGAAAUACUUGCGGCCGGGCACUUCAUAUCGCGGGUCGAGAGUGGCUAGAAGCUGGUCGAAGCCAGGCUUUUCAACGGUAGUUAUUGGCAGUAUGUCCCUCGCUAUGAAGCAUGUUACUGCAUGGGUGAUGUCCUUAUGCCGCUCGGACGCUCUGUCGUAUUUUGCAAGAAACGAAGUCCAGUUUGGUCUGCUUCACAUGCUUUGUGCUGGUGCUGGCAGCGGUUCCAGAGGAUUCCUCCGACGACGUGGAGCCGCGGCGCGACCGACACAGCUCGUACUCCUGCGGGUGCGAUCGGUUUAGAUGGUAAAACAAGUUGGUUGUGUUACCAGACUUGGUUUUUACUAAUUCUCUGCAAAUUUUGCAAACGACCGCUGUUUGCUUCUUGUCAGACUUCUAAAAACCAAAACAUUGCCAUGCUGGAGAACUACUGAAACCUUUUUUCGGGACAAUGUCCUCCGCUUCUCCUUGCUGUAUCAUUUUUUCUAAUACACGUGCUGUCUGUUGUGGUUUGAUAGGGGCUGGGCUUGGUGCCGUAGCGUACCUGGGUCUGCGUUUGUGAUUGGUUGGGAGGAAGUAAUGACUGUAGUAAAAGCUACAUGAUAGGCUAUGAUGAAAAAGAAAUGGAAACUGUUUUCUAUCGAACUUUUUAUCGACCCGUUUUUUUUCUAUCGCACCACACGUCUAUCGAUCGAUAUAUAUUGUUAUCGAAUUAUCGUCCAGCACUACCUUUCUAACACAUCUGUUUUCUUGAGUGUGAGUUUUUAAUCCUAAAGUUUAUUCCAUUCUAUUUCACUCAGUCCCCUGCAAUAAAACCUGCAGCCUGAACCCUACUCACCUCUGUACAUGAAUAAUAAAUGUUCACCAUGACCAGUUUAUCUUCAACGGGUGCCAUAAAAGUGCAAGCUUCACUAAACAGGAAAUCAGUGUCCUGAGUUCAGAUCAUGAGUCCGAUAAGAUGUCUAAGACUGCUAAUCUUUAUAACAGCAGGGGGGGAAACUCUGUUAAAAGUCAUAGUUGUUUUUUAUUCUUAUAUAAGAUAGUUGGCAGAUAAAUAUUAACCCUGAUGUGUCUUUGUCUCUCAGGUGUCCCGUCUGGAACAGACCUGGAUGGCAUUACGCCAGCGACACACAGAGGGGGCGAUUCUCUACGAAAAAACCCUAAGACCGUUUAUGAAGAGUCUGAAUGAUGGCAGAGGUGCUCAGAAACUUCUGUCUGUUUUUGGACAGCAGCUGAACACUUUUAAAGGUUAAAAAUUUGACUCUCUGUGUUCUCUCAUCUGUCUGACAGAAAGUUGCCCACUGUCCAACACCUCUUUCCCCCAUGUCCUCCCCCUACUGUCCCUCCUGGAGAAAAGCGCGGCAGUGGGUGAGGGGGCGGAGCCAUGGGAGACAGUGGAAGUCGGGGUGGAUGUGGUCAUGUUCCACCUGGGGGCAGCGAGGACCAUCGCUCAGCUCGGGGGAAUCUACCGCUCUAAUGCAGAGAGCAAACUACAAGGUAAGCAUGAUCUGUUGGUGCAGGUUCUGUAGAAAAGCACUGAAUCAUUUAAAGGUGCAAGGCUGAAUGUUUCCGCCUUUGGUUCCAGCCCCCCAGCACGCCAACUGCUAAUGUAAGGUUACAUUAAAGCAGUUGGACAUCCUGACUCCAAGGCUUUUCAUCUUCUCUGUCACCUCUCACUCCUCUGAUGUCGGUGUUGCUGCUGCAGGUUUCCAAGAGCAGCCAGACGUACUGGAGCUCUUCCUCACGGACUUCCAGAUGAGGCUGCUGUGGGGGGGCAGGGGAGCCGAGGAGAGCCAGGCCCUGCGGUACGCCAAGUUUGACCAGGUGCUGACAGCACUGUCCAACAAGCUGGAGCCACCCGUCAGACUGCACUGACCCUGGAUCUGCUUUAAGUAACUCAAUAUACCUGGACAAGCUCCAGCUGUGUUCAGAUGGUCUUAAGGGCAUGGAGCUGUUCCUGAAGCCUCACCAGACAGGACUGUUUUCAAAAAGAGAGAGAAGCUUUAGGAUCAAGUUUACUUUGGAUUUUGAAACCAAACUGUCAGUCCCUGCAGCAUUUCACUUAAAAACACACCAUAGAGGUUUAUGCAAGUUUACUGCAGCCUUAAUUAAACUUGGAUCAGUAUUUUAUGAUAAACAGUCAAAGACACAUGAUCAGGAUUAAGGAAAACAGCAGUUAAGCUUAAAAUUAAAGUCAUAGUUUUAACUCGUUUCUUAUAUGAAGCCCAGUGUUUCUGAAUGAAACUGUCAUUGCAUGAUGUAAUGAAAAAUAAUGGAUCAAUUAAGGCCCGUACUACACGUAUAUAGAUAUUUAUUUAUCAGGAUAUUUUUGUUCUCCCGUCUAAAUAAAUGUAUCUGUCCACACGUGUUAGUUUUCAAAAAUAUCUGCGUCCACACGUAGCCUUCAAACUCAAUCCUAUCUGGUGCCGCUUAAAAAAAAUUCAGGAACAAAGCUACCUGAUUGCCCGAUGAAUCAUAACAGCGUGAUGCGUCAUGCAUUGUUUGCGGAAGCUACGCUAGUGCGUCGGGUCCAUGUGACGGACCAUGUGACCAAUAAAACUAUUGGGUGCAGCAGACGCCUCUGUGAGCUGGCUGACUGGUGGAUGUAAUUGUAUAAAACAAGGUUCACUUGCAAGGCUGAAAUUAGCCCCAAAAGGUCAAAACAAACGUAAAGAAUACCCUGUAUGUCCACCAUCGUUGUUGUUGUUUUUCUUUUUAAUUCGCAUGCGCGAGCUGCGGUUUGACGUCAUCGAUCCGUAAAAGUUCAACCACACGAAUCCGCUUAUACGGAUAUUUUUUUAUUGCUCCACUUGUUUUUUCGGAUUCAGAUUUAUCCAGUUUGAGUGUUCUAAACUCCAGUUUUGGUGUGGAAGGGAGGCCUAAUCGGACAUAAAUAUGUGCGGUUUGAAAUAUAUCGGCAUUCGUGUAGUUGGGGCCUAAAUCUAUGCAAAUGUCACUGCUCAGAGCUGCUGUUUUCGAGUAAAACCUUUGUGCUUCUAGAGGUCUGUCUCUAAUAAAAGCCUGCUUCAUAUAAAGACCUGGUACCUGAGGCAAUAAAAGAAAAUAAAAGACCCAUCUUACAUUAGUAGACUCAUGGUUCUCUAAUAAUAAAAUUAAGCUGAUGGCAGCAGCAGUAAACCAACAACUCUCUAUCUGCAAGGAAAAUAUCGGUUUUAGGGAAGGAAGUCUUUUCUAUGAUGCCUCAGACACUUAAAAUAAAAAUGAGUUGGUCAGUGACAAAACAGGGGAUUUUUGCAAAGAGGUACUUUGCAGCCAUUGUGGCCUGUUCUACUGCUGAGGGCUAAAGCAAUCUAUUUAAAUUCAGAAUUACCCAUAAAAUGCCUGAAUAUCUCAGUGGACUUUGUUUAAACCAAUGAACCGAAAUGUGAAGAUAUGAGUGUCGAGGAGUUUUGUGCAGAGCUGUUGUGUUUUUUUUCAUUAAGGGUAAAACAUGAUGUUACAAGAAUCUGAGAUUUAUUUUUCAUCACAAUAAUGAGAGAGAUAAUAAUAAACAGAAAUGAAGCUGUGCCUUACUCUGCUAGCACACUGUACUGAAAUGUUUUUAUUCUGUCUGAACAAAAAGGCUGGACCUACAUUAAAUCUAUGACUGAACUAUCUGUCUGUAAGGUUGUACAAACCCAUUAAUACAAUAACGUUGCAUUUAAAUUACAAGUUUUGUACUGUAUUUAUCAUCAUGUGUUAAGCUGUAGGAUUUUUUUAAUAUAUAGUGAAUAUUUAAUGAUAUUACUGAAGACUGACUGAGUUCUAGGAUCUGUUAACUUUCAGUUUAAAUCUUGAUUUUUAGUUUUCUUUAAUUGUCUCUGUAAAUUUUUACACAGUAAUUAAACUGAAAGGGAAUCAGCACUGACACACGAGUAGAGCACACAGGUACAGAGUAUUUUACCACAGUACAGUAUCAAUGUCUAGUAUUUGUCUAAAUAUGUCAAAUGUAAAUAAACGUGUUUAUCUCACUCUCAGGUGUCUGAUAAAAUCAUGAACCUCUGAAGCUCAUUUCUCAGCCUCUGUUGAAGCUAAUUCGCUUUAACUCAUGCUGCAGAUUGUAAAUAAAACUCCAAAAAAAUUACUCUAAAUUAGUCAGCAGUAUGAUGACUAAUUUAGUGUGUGAUAAUACCUGAUUUAUCACAUUGACUUAAUCUUACUGUCAGGAGUGGACCCAAGGGUCAACCAGGGGUGACUGCCCCUCUCUGAAAUCUGCCUCACCCUCAAAUCCUUACCUAGGAUUGGCUUUUUCUCUGUCAGCUGAAAUCUACUUCAGUGCUUUUUAAUUUGUCUCAGUAGUAUUCAACCAUUAAUCUCUCCAAACGUUAUUCUGAUGCUUGGUCAGUUAUGCAUAAAAGGGGGGGAAAUUGUGCCCACAAAGAUCACAGAUACUUUUGCUUACAACAAUACAAUAACGCAAUAACGCUUCUUUUUUUUCUUUUUUUUUUUUUUGUGAUUUUAUUUUCCUCACAGGACUUCGGUUCAUGACAGAAGAUUAUUAUCUCAGCGCCAUAAAAUGUAUUGUCCGCUCCUGAAUUAUUGGCUCGUAAAUAUCAUGAUAAUAAUUGUGAAGAUAACAGCCGUUUCAUGUUUUACUCGAACAAUGUUCCCUUUUCCCCCUCAUUUUUCAUAUUUUUUAUCACAACUUUCUAUUUCAGCGCCACAUUUUGGGUCUAUUUAUGUAUUCAAACUUACAAUGGAAUAUAUAUUUAUACAUUAUAAAAAGUGGACUGUAUUGUGAUUAAAAAUGAGUCGACACCUUUUCCAGAUCCUCUAUUUACCGCUUUUCCGUCUGGACUGUGAUCCUCCAACGUGUUCUGCACUACGCUUCAUGCUCUCUCUCCUUCGUGGGAAAUGUAGUCCUUUUCAUUACGUCAUAUGAUAUUUGUGUACGCAAUUCUUGAAGCAGAAAAACUACAAACUUACCGGGCUUAUCAGGAAGUUUCUUAGGGUUUUUUUUUCUCUGCCAGCUGGCAGACAAAAUGUUAGCUACCCUGUUAGUGAUAUUCGUUUUUUUCAGCAACCCUGUUUGUGGUGUUUUUCAGAAACUUUACUGCACCAUUUCAGAAAGCUGCGAGUGUGAUUUUAAGCCGAAUAUCAGAGGUAAGACUGGCGUUCUGAGCUAGCUACUGCUGCUGUUAUCCUGCUAGCUUGGCUAAAAAUAAGAUGUGCUUUAAGUCUGGUUGGCGAACAAACGCACAAAUGAAUACGUAAGAUCAAUUUUGUAAGUGCGCAGUAUUGACCGAAAUGUGAGGAUAUUUUUUUACCGGUUAUUGUAAUAACUACCACGUUAUUUUGCUGUAAUGCAAGCUAUGAAACAGGAAGUCUUCUCUGCUGAUAAACACUGGAGAUUCUCAUUCUAAGCAUUUUAAGUUACGACCUGGGUCCAGCUCGGGUCCGAACUCGGUUCUAAUGAGCCCUAUUAAAUGUCACUUUAGUAUUCUGUGGUGGCUGACAUUGUUAUAUGUCAGGGUAAUCGAAACCUUUCUGAAUGGAGAGACGAAGUCAAUGCAAACCAUAGACUGUAUAUUGUAUGUACAGUAUAUAAGCAGAAUGUGUUAUUGACGAUAAUUCCUUAAACUAUUGGUCCGUAAAUCAUGAAUAACUGUUAUAAAAUUAAAAACAACAACAGUUGUAAGUGUAUUUUAAGCACAUUUGAAACACAGUUUUUACAAACAUACUCAAAAACACUUAAAAAUAAUCAGAAAAAUGUUCAUCUAAUUUCUCUUUUAGUUAAAGGCCAGUGUAAUGAGGGGGAAAUAAAAGAUACCCGGUCAGCACUGAGCUACAUCCAGACUUGGGUCAUUUUCAUGUAAUACACAAGUUUUUCUGACACAGUAAACUGUCAUUCAGGUGUGUUUCCAGGUUAGUCAGUAACAUUACUUCCUCGUUUUUUUAUUAUAAUUUAAUCCUGACAUUCAGAUAUUGAAUUUUCCUCUGGGGAUCAAUGAAGUUCUUCUUAUUCUUAGAUCUGGAGUGGGAUCUCUACAAGAAUCUUUACGGACAGCAUCUGGCCCAGGAUAUUGUGUCUGAGGAAGUAGCGAGGUUCCUUCAGAAUAAAAGCCCUGAGCGGCCCCUGGUGUUGUCCUUCCAUGGCUCCUCUGGGACGGGGAAGACACUGGUCAGUUCCAUGCUGGGAAAUCAUCUCUACGGCUCGGCCAUGAGCAGCCCAUAUGUUCACCAGUUCAUCCCCACGCUGCACUUCCCCUCACCUAAGCGGGUCAAGGAAUACAGGGUGAGUCAGGGCACAGCUGAUCUGGAUUUGAUCGCUCUAUCACAUCAUGAAAUAUAGAUUAAAUGUUCCCUGAGUAACAAAAGUAAAAUUUAGGAGUGCUUUUUACAGAGUGCUCCACUUUGUAUUCCUUGGAAAUAGAAUGAUGGUGGUAAGAUUUAAGCCAAAGAGCUUCUGUAAACAUGUAUUUCUCUCCUCUGGCCUGUAGAGGGAGCUGAAGAGCUGGGUACAGGGGAACCUCACAGAGUGUGCUCGCUCUGUCUUCAUUUUUGACGAAAUGGAAAAAAUGCCUCCAGGCCUCAUUGACAUCCUGGAGCCUUUUCUGGGUCCCUCUCAUGUUGUGUUUCGUACCAACUAUCGUAAGGCCAUCUAUGUUUUCAUCAGGUACAAAUGCCUCCACCAUCAAAUCUACAACCACUCUGAGCACCAGACUGAAGAGGUCCACUUGAAGUCCCUUUGGAAAACACCUUUCUCAAGUCUCAGAGUGUGUUUCAUGUUUCUUUGCAGCACUGCAGGAGACGAGGUGAUUAAUAAAGUCACUUUAGAGAACCGGCAGGCGGGGCAGGACCGAGAGGAGAUACAGUCAGCUGACCUUCAGGAGGCCAUUGCACAGACGGUUUACAACAGCAACUCAAGUAAGUGUCUGUACUGAUGUAUCUGUAAAUAAUUAAAAAUUAUAUUAGUCUGAUUUCUUAAUCCUCAAAACUUUCCCAUUAGCACCUCAAACUGGAACUCCUGAAAAGUGCAAAUGUCCAUGUAUUAACCAGAAAUCCCAGGACGCCAGUGAGUAAUCAAAGGGCAUUUGCCAUUUGAAGGCAGGAUAUUUACGCCACUGUUACUCCUCAUGUGUGAAUCGCAUGGAGGUGUAAUUUGGGGGUGAAGUCAUUCGUCCUAUGCUUCUCCUUCAGAGGAAGUAACAGAGGAGGAAUGAGGGUGGACAAAGGAAGAAUGAAGGAGGAUGAAGGUGGGGGGGUUGGGGUGAAGGUGGAUGCAGCUUCAUGUUUUCUGGCUAAAACUGAGCCUCAUCAGUACCCCAACAGUAAAGAUUUGUAAUGAGCUGACAUUGGUCUAUUUUGGUCUAUUUUAAUCUCACACAGUGAGUGUGAACUUAAUCUGUGUUUUUUUUCCAGGUGGUUUCUUCCACUCCAGCAUCAUCCAGCAGAAGCUCAUCACACGCUUCGUUCCCUUCCUGCCGCUAAGCCGACGACACGUGGAGCGUUGCACCCGCUCGCAGCUUUGCCAGCGGGGCAUCUGCGACCGCAUUGAUGUGGUGGAGGCAGUAGGGGGCGAUAUCAUCUACACUCCUGUCCAGGGGCAGUACUUCUCCUCUACCGGCUGCAAGGCCAUCCCUGCGAAAAUUAACCUGUUCCUCUGA